AUGCCUGAGGGGUCACGGCGAGGCAGCCAGAGAUCGCCUAGCAACUCAGGUAAGGGGUGGAGCUUGCACUGUUGAGUAUUUCCCAUGUUUUGAUUGAGAGGCUGUGCCCCCUUCCAGCGACUUUGUUUUCCUUUCUUUUGAACUGUUUUCAGUCCAGGACUGUUUUUGAAGCCCUCAGUAUUUUCCUGCCAGUCUGGUCCCCUUAAAAGUCCUCAUUAUUUUGGCCAAUCACGUACCGGAUAAAAACCUGGACUGUGCCAUCAAAAAACAUUGAUGAGAAUUGUUUUAAUAUGAUAUUGUCUAACUCUGGCGUUUUAAGUUGUUCGCUUCAAUCAGUUGGUUUUUCAGUGUUUCAGAUUAUCAGACUGACUCGCUGGUCUUUGCACUAAUGGAAGGAUGAGUGAAUGAGACCAAAGAAAGAUGGAUUGAUGCGUGGGUGGAGAGUAAAAUGAAAAGAGGGUUUAAUGUUGGAUAGAUGAAUUGAAUAUUAAAAGAAUGAUAAUUACAAUAAUGUUUGAAUGAUGGAUAAAGAAUGGAUGGGUGAAAGAAUAUAAAGAUUUGAGGAUGGACAGAUGGCUAAACCGGCAGAUGGAUAGAUGCAUGGAUGGGUAGAUGAUGUGAUGAAUUGUUGGAUGAUGAUUGAUGGAUGAAGGAUGGAUGAAUGCAUCGAGGGAUAGGCGGAUGGAUGAAUGUAUGGAUGAAUGGGUGGGUGGGUGGAUGGAUGGUUGAAUCGCAGAUUGAUGGACAGAUAAAUAGAGAGAAAGAUGGAUGGAUGAGAAAUAUUGAGGAGUGGAUAAAAGAAUGAAUGCAUGAGUUCGAAUGAGGAAAUAAUGACAGAUACAUGGAUGAAUAGAUUCAUGGAUGGAUAGAUGAAUAAUGGAUGGAUGUGUGAAUAGAUAUUAGACCAGAAGAUGGAUAAAUGGAUGAAAGAACAGAUGAACAAAUAAAGAGCGGGGAGCUGGAUGAAUGAAGUGGUGAAAGGAUGGAUUUGUGGACUGGUUAAUGGAAUUUUUUGGACAUAGGAAUAGACUGAUUCAAGGAUCAUUAAACGGAUUGAUAAAUAAACCAUAACACUAGAUAUCAGGAAUGAAAUAUGAUUACUGGAUUUAUUUUGAAAGUUAUUGAUUUAAGUGAAUUAAAAUGAAAUCAAAACUUCUAUAAGACUGUGUUUCUUCAAAUUUCACUGUCAAGAUUUUUCCCUGUUUAUAUGACCUCUAAAUGAGUCAGGACUGGAUUAAUUAUUUAAAGAAGAAAAAGGACAUACAGAGGCAGCAUUUGGGGAGCUCAGACAGCCUUUUACUCUUUGACACAGUCGGCUGUUUGUUUGGAUUUUUCCCAUGAAGCUGGAGUGCAUUUAAAGUUAUUUUAACUCCAUUUAUUUCUGUUGAAAGUCUCCACUCAACUUUCUCUCUGAGAGCUGUGACUUCCUGUUACCAACCCGGAGCAGAAUGACCUGCUAUUACACACACACACACACACACGCACGCACGCACGCACGCACACACACACACACACACACACACACACACACACACACACACACACACACACACACACACUCAUAGAGGCCCAGUAAUGAUGUGUAAUUACAUACAACCACCAUGCUGUUUGGUUGCUCGGCUGUUAUAUUGGCUUCUAUAGUUAGGAUUCAUGGACACACACACAUGAAAACACACAUGAUAACACACCAGGACACACUGCAAUUAUCAUAAAGGCAACAGAUUUAUACACAAACACAAACACACACAGUUUGUACACACAGCACUGAUUGUAACUUUCACUGAGUGCAGGAAGUUGUAUGGUUUGUGGUGAUAAAGUGCAGCUCUGAACAAUGUUACUGCCUCAACACACACAGACACACACACACACACACACACACAAUAAAAUGCCGCAGUAGAUCUGUUGAUUAUAACCAUAGAAAGGAACGAAGCAGAAAAUAGAGAGAACGCCCAAGAUAAGGCUGGAGAAAAACGACUUGAUGAACGAUAGAAUAGAAACAGAGGAAGAGGAGGAGAAAGAGGAGAAAAUAAGGCAAGUACCAGACAGAGGAGAAGGAGAAAGUGAGGAACAAUGUUAGCACCAGUUGUGUUCUGCUCUGUAAUUGGCUGGUUUCUGACGUCUUCCUUGUUCCUCCUAUUCCUCUGAUAACAAACAGACAGAAGAAACAAACCAGGCUGACUGUUUGGACUGAAAACAAGCAGCACAAACAGUUUUAUCAGGAAAAAUGUGCAAAUACAGAAUCAAUGCACCACAAAUGCAGUAACUGAAUUAAUCUGCAAAUGUAAAAGAUAUUUUGCUGCAAAAUGACAAAACAUCUCCUGACUACAUUAGUUUUGACUUCAUGUCCUAAGGUCAAAUCACGCCACUUUAACAUCUUAACAACAAAGUCGGUGGAGAUUGUGAUGGGAAAUUAGCAGAUUGUUUAAGGGAGUUCACUGCAAGAACAAAUGUAAACACAAGAAAACUGUGAGGAUGUGCGUGGGUGUUGAAUGGCAAACCUCAAUGAAGAGGUCAAAGGUCAAGGAGGGAGUUGGUAACAUCAGUCCUCUAUACUGUAAACCAUAAUGAAAGGGGAUUAACUUCCUGUCUGUGUCUUAAAAACAAGGGAAUUUAUGUAGGUUAUCUGCAAAGAAACACACAAACAUGUCUACCAUACCAACCAGGAACUCUCAUGUUUUUAUGGUCAACCGGGGACCCCCGAUUCUGAUCAUUUUUAAAACUUUCUUGCAUGCACACCUACACACACACACACACACACACACACACACACACACACACACACACACACACACACACACACACACACACACACACACACACACACACAGCUCAUAAUUUUAACAAGGGACUCUUGUGGUUUUUGUGGUCAACUGCAGAUCCCUGUUUCCGAUCAUUUUCAAAACCUGUACUCAUCCACAUUAGUAAUCUGGUGUAGUCUGUUUCUGUAGAGCAGAAAAUGUACUUCAAAGUUUAACUUUUGCUAAAAAUGUUGCUUUUUUCUUUUCAGAAGUUUACAAGAGGAGGGGUUUAGGCAUGAGUGAUGUUUACCUAUCAAACAAUUCUGCUCUUGGGCUUUAUGCCUUUGUUUUAGUUGUUUAAGCUAAGUGUAAGUCAAUUAAGAUGGGCUGAUAACAAAUAACUCACCACUACUAUAUUUAAUGGUCACACAUAAUUGCAUCUUGACUCUGCAACACCUAAGUAAACUAAAAACAAGUGCAGGAGGAAGCAGAAUUGAGGAGCGGGAGUGGUUUUGCAUGCAAACCUCACCUUUUCUGUGCAUCACCAUGGAGGUAUAUUCAAAACUUCAUUUGUUGAAGCAGAUUUUUCUGGGUAGGUGAGCUACAGAAACAAUUCAGAGCUUUUAUGGUUUCCAUGUUCUCAGGAUUGCCUUCGUGGAACAGGAUGACUAAAGUAUAAACUGUAUAAAUAGGUUAAGAAGACUCUGUUUUUGAUGAAAUAUACCUUAAAACAAAUCCUCAGCCAAGUUACCCUUCUGCUGUCAAAAACAUCCUGGAGAGUGUCAUGAAUUUAUACAAAGUGAAGAAGAAGUGCUGUGUCCAAGUGCUUAAGGUCCUCACCAUCAGCAGUAGCAGCAUGUUUGUUUUGUCAGAGGGACUUUGAAAGACCUGACCUCAGAAACCAAACCCUCUGAUCCUCCACUUGUCAAACACUCCCUGACUGUUUUGGUCUCAGAGUCUCUGAUGCGGUCUGCUGAUCAUCCUCUCAAUCUAAACUCCUCUUCAUCUUCCUCGCCACUCGUUCUGCCUCGUUGAGGUUUCUGGAUGUGUGUGCACAGGGUUUUCCUCCAAGAUGCUGAGUGAUCUUCUGACUAAGGCCUGCACCAUUGACAUGGAAAUUUAUUUUUUUGUUAAUUGCAAACAGCUGAAAUUCAGAACAAGUAUGCCUUAUUUUGCCAAUACACAACUCUGCACAACUGUGCAAAAACAUGAAGUUCUUCCUUCUAAGUGGUGCACAUCUGUUAUUUGGGAAAUACAGUUCACCUCACCUAUAAGUUGUAGUUGCGUACAUAGACUGAGGAAAGCUCAUCCUCAUCCUCGUGUUGCAUUUUGAUGCAAAGCUCCACCAACAGGCUGAGAUUUGAUCUUUUCUCAGAAACGUUGGUGCUGUAACCUGUUACAUCACUGUCAAACACAUAAUGACAGCUAGGAGCUGCUCUCUUAUUACUGUAAUCACACACUCGCUGGAAUUUACUCCACCUUGUAGUUUCAUGGCGUGUGUUUAAAGGGGAAUUCCACCAAAAAAAUGCUCUCACAGCUCACUUACUUUAGGCUGGAUUUGAGUAUGUAAGACAGAAAUAGUUUCGUAUUUAGGUACAUGACAUCCUGAGUGUAACGCUACAGUAUCAGAUUAGUAAAUCUCAUCAUAUUGGAUGGAUGGAUUCAAGGAAGAAAAGCACCAAAAUGACCCCUGAACACUUAAGAAUCAAAGCUAAGAAACAAAAAUGUGAGUUUAUCAGUCUUGAAAUCCUAAGAUCAACACAUUUCUCUAUCCUUUGUCUAAUUUUUGCUCUGAAUAAAAUAAUUAGAUGUCUCUAUGUACUCUGUUUUCUCUAUACCUACAAUUAAAGAUACUUUUAUCAUAAAGAAAACAAAUUGAAAACUCUAAAUAUUAAGAUCAUUGUUUCUCUGCAUCUGUUACCUGAACUAUGAGACACCCUCCUCUCUCAGUGUUUUCAUGAUUUCAGCCCCAGAUUAACAGUCCCUCUCACUCUUACAUAACAGAGAUAGAGUUCCUCCUGUUGUACAAUUACAGGUUCAUGUUCCUGUCACAUUUUACAAUUUUGGAGUGAGGAAAUGAGCAGGCGGCAUGUUGUUUGAAGACUCUUCACAUGUUUAAGGAAAACCAAGACCUAAAGACAUGAUGACAGAGUUUCCCAGGGAACAAACUUGGGUCCAAGGUUAUUAUCGUUAAAUAAAACAAAAUGAGUAAAUGACAAAAAUUUAAAUUGAAAGAAACAUUUGUGUUAACUAAAAUAAAUAAAAACUAUAAUUAAAAGAAAAACAAUCUGACACUGUAUUGUGUGUUCACAAAACUAACUGAAGCGUAUUGAAAUUAUAGAUAAAAAUUCCUUUGUUUUUGUUUUUGUCAAUUUAGGAUUGAUAUGAAAAUGAUUUAUUUUGCUCAAGCAAUUGUCUGUGAGCUAGCAGCACUGUAUGGCACCUCACAGGUCAUCACUUCUUGUUUAGAGUCGGCGUCUCAUCACCAUUUUACCUGGCAAAAUGGCGACAAAAUUGGGAGAAAGCAACGGCAUCUUAUAUCAUAUUUCUUUAAGUACAACAGCGAGAAAGAUAAAAGCAAAAGCCUUGUAGUAGAAACUGGUGAAAGAUACAUCUUGUGGAUGCAAUAGGACCCAUCAUCAGUGAUGUAUCCUGGAGUCACUGGGUGUUGCGGGUCUUUAAUCAUCAGACACCCUCACCCAUGCAACCCCAACUCCAGAUAUGGGUCAGGUGAUCUUUCUAAACUAAUAAUUUAGAAAAAAUAAUUACUAAUAACAACAAAUAAACUCACUUUAAAAACGAAUUCAAACUAACUGAAUUAGAGAAUUAAAAAAAAUUCAAACGAAACAAAAUGAAGCUAUAAUGGAAAAUCCAAAACUACUGUAACCUUGCUUGAGUCUUUCAUGAUUGUGAUCAUAGGUUUAUCGAGACUGGAGUAUCCUAAGUGAAUUACCUGUGUCCAAACAGUGCCAUGUGUAAUGACAAUGAAUUAGUUUGAUAAGAACCUAAAUUUACUGAAAUUUAAAGACUUUUAGUGGGACAGAUAAAACUCAAAGUCUCAGUACAGUGGAAGCUUAGAAAAAAACUUUGAAUACAGUUCAGAAAGCUGCCUAGCAUGGUCAGACCUUCAGGUUUCAACACUUUGUCAAGGGGAAAAUCUGUCUGCAUCUGUCAUAUCAAACCCUCACAGUUGUUUUUUUAUAUCCUGAGAAAUCUGAUCAGGUAUUACAGAACAGUUGUGGCCCUGCAUUGGGUAGGGUGGGUCUAGACUUCUGCAGAAUACUGUGUGUGUGUGUGUGUGUGUGUGAGAGAGAGAGAGAUACUGUCUGUGUGUGUGCAACAAAAUACACCAAACCACAUCCUGUGCCAUCCUUUGAGUCUGGUAAGCUUCACACACUCUGUCUUCUCUGCCUUCUAACACACCUACACUUUAUAACUUCAUGUGGAGACCCUAUUUGAUAACCCAUGGCCUUAAAACUGUAACCUAAAGCAGAUUCUGUUACCAUAAAACCCACCAACAGGCUCAAUCACCUGAAUUCAUGUGUCUUUGUAGUAGCAGAAAACUCAAAUAGGUCCUCAUAAGAGUGGCAGUGCAUGAGUGCAGAUGCACAUGCUCACACACCCAAAAACAGGAAAUCAGACUUGUUCAGAUAUUUUUUUUAUGUUCCGGUCUGAGUGUGACUGACAGAGUCCUCAGUCAGUCUGUAACUGUGAACGCUGUGGAUCUCACUGGUUAACAGCAAACAUGUUCAUCAACUGACGGACACACGGUCAUAGAAACGAGCGCAGUGAAUGUAAGUACAUCUACUGUCACUCUUUAUCAUAGAGGUAAUUUAUUUCUGCCCUAAAGUAGAAAUCUAAUUUGGUGAAACCUGAAGCUUGUUUUCUUGUUUGUUGUACAUACACAGAAUAAAGUUUUUUUUUUUUUUUUACUGGAUCAAAAUACAUCAGCAGCUUUGUAACUAAAUUUAAGUGUUAGGUUGUUUUUGUUCACUUAAAUUUAGAUGAGAGACAGAUGAGAUUCGCACAAACAAACAAGAAGCCGUAAAAUCUGUUUAAUUACUGUAUUUAAUUGCAAGGAUGUUGUAACACUUAAGGAGACAUGUAAAAGCAAGGUGCUCAAACACUCAUGGAGCUUUAAAAUGAAGAGAGUGUGUAACUACCAAAAACUGCAGUUCCUCAAAUGUCCACUGGAGGCUGUGUCUGAAAGUGAGUUAGUUCCCAUAGAGUGUCAUGUCAGAAUUGUUUGCUCUUUGUAACUCAUUUCUUUGUUCAUGGAAACUGACCUUGCCCGUUCAACUGUUAGCCUGGUAUAAAGUAUGAAAUCUCAUUUUUUAAACCUUUUUAUACUCCAAUAAUGGAUUUUUAUGCUAUGCUCACGACUUUCAAUGUUUUGAUUAUGACUUUUUUUCUUUGUUUAACCCCUUUUUCCCAAGAGUUAUGACUUUUAUCCUGUUAAUAUUACAAAUGGCUUUGAUAUUCCAUUAAAUAUGCUUUUUGGAUUCAUUUUUAUCUUACAAUAAAAAUAUUUCUAGAACAACUAUGACUAUUUUAUUAUAGAUAUAAAACAGUCCAUCCUAUUGUCGUGGCGCACAGUCAUAAGUGAUUUUAUCUUGUAGUUUUUGUAUUUUCAUUUUUCUUUCAGUCAUUUUAAUGGUUUUCUAUUUACAGCGUCAAUAAUCUGAAUCUAGAUCUUUUCCUGAUUUUGAGUCUCUUUGUGAAAGUUUCAGCUGAUGUAAUGAUGAUGGUGAUGGUGUUUCGAGGUCGGCACUCACCCAUGUCGACACUAUUUAAAACAUGAAGAUGGAGUCAUGGUGGUUUCAUCCUGGAGCAGAGCCAGACAUGAUAAGAGAGACAGGGGGUGGAGGUGGGGGGUUGAGGGAAAGAAAAUUACAGUGAUCUCACCGGGAAUAAGGACUGCUUGGCCCCUUUAGACGUACAUGGUUACGUCAAUUGUCAAAUUCCUGCCUUAAUGAGUAGUUUUCAGUUAGAGUCACUGCAGACCUGAAACUGUGGAGUCAGACCUGACACUGUGACACAAGACUAAACUGAGCAACUCAUAAACAUAACGGCUGAAACACUGAACACAGAGAUCGUUGAUUGACCUCUUUUUCUGCCUUUUUAACAACGUUCUAUCAUCGGCUUUCACACGCAAAGAGAAUAAAGUCAGUUCAAUAAGGCAGGAAAGUCUAAGGAGCCAACUCUAUGGAAGGAGAUUUUUCUCAUGUCAGAUUUAAAUACUUGAAAUGAAAUCCAGGCAGACACACUGAUGUUUCUAAUUAGUGCGUUUCCUGCAGUCUGACUUUUUCAUUGUGUUUUUGGCUGAAAAUGCUGAUUCACUAGCUUAAUUUUGUUUUGACAAAGAUUUAGAGCAACAAUUACGAAUUUUUUUCCCCGAGUUAGAGUUGAAAUGCUGUCUUUUUAAAUCUGCACCACAUUUAUUUUGCAUAUUUUGAGGUCUAAUGACUAAAAAAUAUUGGAAGGUGCAUGAGUAGAUUACUCCAGCCUGUGGCUGUAAAACAUGCUGCAGUGUAAUCCUUUGGGACAAAUGUUCCUCUAAAGUUUUUGUUUUUGUCCCUGACAGGCUCAGAUUGGUAAUCUAGGUGUCUGAAGCAUUACUGAAGGGAUCCCAAAAGAAAAGGACUUUGUGUAACCAGUAACUUUAGCUGCAAUGGUCUUUCAAGUUGUAAAGGACUUUAUUAACGGGAGCAAUAAUUGGACCUGACAGGAGUUGCUGCUCUACCUCUGCUCUGAUUCACCUGCCUUUUUUGCUGUUGUGUGCCGGAAAGUUAUUGAGUUUGAUGCAGCCAACACACCAAAUAAUAUAAUAAUAUUAUUAUUGUUAUUAUUAAUAAAAUAAUAACAAAACUUUAUUUGUAUAGCACCUUUCUAAAAACAGUUGUCACAAAGUGCUUCACAGUCAUUAAAUUAAAAAGGGUAAGACAAAAAGACUUAAAAAUCAACAAAAAGUACACUAGUACACUACUCUGGUCCGGGGGACAACCAGGAAACCCUGGUCAGAGGAUCUUAGUCCUACUGGAGCUAUAAGGCUCCAGCAGGUCUCUGAUAUAUGCUGGAGCUUGUCCAUGCAAAGCUCUGCAGACAAAAGACAGGACAAAAAAUGGUUAUGUCACCUCUUAGGACAUGGGAGUUUGUGAUCCCCUUCACUGGUCAGUUGAAUUACAAACUUUCAAACCAGGUGAAGCUGGUACAGCAGUGUCUUAAAGCCACCAGACUCCAUCUGCAAUAUCAGCAUUUUACCUCACAAAGUUUUGGAGUUGUUGGUCUACAUCUAGUUUUGUUAGUUUGAUUGCGCUAAUUUGUUUUGUGAAAAUAGUUAAGUCAAAAGUUCUUCAUUGUUUUUUCCCCUGACACAAGUGCUCAGACUUUUAUAAAACAUGGUUUCUUACAGCUCAAAUAAGCUUUGGUGAAUGUCUGUAUCUGGAACAGUUUAGUCUUAAAUAGACUUGCCUUUCAUGUCUGUAGUCACAAUUUGUUCUGUAGAUUAAUAAUAUUUAUCAUUCUCAUCAACAUUUAGUUGUCUUUAUAAGCUUGUUUUCUUCAUAGAUACUUAAUAUUUCUACUUUUGUACAUCAGUCUGUGUAGAAAGGAAGCUCAUUAGAAACAGGAUGCAUGAAUGAAGGCAGAUACACACACACACACACAACUACCCACACCCACACACGCGUGCGCGCACACACACACACACACACACACACAUCCUGACUGACUCACCCGUUUGUGAUGUCGGAUGAGAACUGAAGCCUGUUUGAAUGCCAUGUCUAAAUAAGGCACUAAACUGCAGAUCUGUGUGUGUGUGUGUGUGUGUGUGUGUGUGUGUGUGUGUGUGUGUGUGUGUGUGUGUGUGUGUGUGCGUGUGUGUAGUUUAGAGAAAAACAAGACAUUGUCCAAACACACACAACAAUAUAAUAAUACAUUUUUAAUACUUGAGUAUUGAUAAUAGAUAUGCAUUAUUUUGUUAUCUUGUGAUAAUGGGACAAUUUCUCUUGUUUUCUUGGAAUAAACUGUCUCAAGAUUUUAAACAUCCAAACAUAAAAAGAUUCUUACUUGGCUUUAUUUUGUGGAUAACACUCAGUAAAAUCAUUCCCAGUCACUGGGCCUCAACAAACAGCAAAUCAAGCGUGCAUGCUGCUACACUAGAUGCUUAUUUACUGUAAGAAAUGAUCAGAGGAGGAUGUUUCUGUGCUUGGGCUGCAGAAAUCAAGGGUAUUUUCAGACAUUACCUGCUUUUCUGUUAACUGAUAGGUGUGGAUGCCCACUCUAGGUUUUACCACAAUUAAAGUCUGAAAUGUUAAAAACCAUUUUUGAAGAAUAAUUUUUCAGGAAGCUGCUGCAUACACAUUACAAAUAAGGAUUCCAGUCAAAAUAACACACUAGCUGUAAAACCCCCUUAAACUCUGCUCAGUAAAUUAAAGUCCCAAUGUUUAUUUAGUGAUCUGGUCCAAAGCUCUUUCUUCAACCCAAGACUAACCUGAUUUUUCUGACUGCGGUCACCACGAGACAAACAGGCGGGGGGGUUGUUGGGUUUAAUCUCUCGAUCCACUUGACUCAAACAAGAUUUCUUGAAAAUGUUAUGGUUUUUUUUUUUUUUAAAUUAAACCUUCAUCAUCUCCUCAUGUGGAACAAAGAACAACAAGUCUUUAAACCACAGCUCUGCCCCUCUCACCAUGUGUUCAUACCACAUGUAUUAGGAGGUGAAGAGCUUUACAAGACUGCUGGCAGCUGUUAAAGUGAUUCCUGUAAGAACCUGUACCGUUAGGAGUUAAAGUAAGGAGGAAAAAAGAGGACCUUAUGGGUGCAUAUAGGAAAAUGUUCUCAGUUAACACUCUGUGUUCGGAAAUUCCUCCUGCCAGGACGUCUGGAAUUUAAGCACUAAUGAACUUUAAACACUUCUGCAGCACUCAGGACAGGUGUGUUUGUGUCUGAGGGGAAACUGCAAGUGAUAUGAUUACGGGGUGUCAGGAGCUGUAACGAAGGGAAAUUGUAUGAUUAUGUUUUUAAAUGUGGCAGAAUGUGUUUUAUGAGAGGAGAAAAGUAGGAAAUUUUCAGCCCAGAAAGUGGAAACUGUCAAUCUGGAUACUCGUUAAAGACAUGUACACGGUGUCAGUGAGGCUGGUUAACAUCAGGGUCAUUCAGAGAACAAAGGCAGAAAGGAAGGAGGUGAUUUUUUUUAAUCUGAAAAUGAGCCUAUUCAUCAGCAUUAGGCUUUAAUUUGUCCAAUUUUAAGGCUCAAACUGUCCCAUGUUGCAUGGCAGCUAGAUAAAUGCAGCUGUAUAUCCCUUCUCCUCCAACAUUUCCUCUUUUUUCUUCUUUGCAAUAAUUGCAGUACAAUCAGUUACUGCUCAACAUUGCCCAGCUUCAACUCCAACAUAAUAUCAUGGAUUCAGUUGCCAUGGUUACCUGUGCACAAACAGUUGUACCUGUGUAACAACCCUAGAAGUUCCCUCAGUCAUCACAUGAGUUAUAACUCUUCAGUUUUCACUUUUUGAUAUUUUUAAAGAAAAACUCAAAUCUUUUCUGUCUGUGUCUUUGCAGCGACCAAGCGUCCCUCCUCAGUCUCGUCUCUGAGUGGGAUUGUGGGUAGGAUGAUGUCGUCUGGCGAUCGAGGAGCCUCGUCCUCCUCCUGCACCUCCGUCAACACUGUCUGCUCUGAUGGUGGGCGCCCUGCCUCUCUGUCCCUCUCCUCCUCUGCAUCCUCAGUCUCCCUGCAGGAAACGUCCCGCUCCUCCUCCUCCUCUUCCUCCUCCUCCUCCUCCCUGCCAUAUGGCGCUGUGCCAACCUACAACGCCUCCUCAUCAUCGUCAUCAUCCUCCACGCCAAAGAGGAAUGGAUCAGACAUCAGUCUUGAUCUGACUCCUCUAAACACACCGCAAGGAGUAGGAGGAGGAGUUUGUGCAGUCAGGGUGUCAGGUGGAGGUCACAACCCUAAUGGACAUGUGACCAAUCGGAUGGGAGCAGCAAUGGCCUUACCCAGACAGCUCUCCAGGCUGGAGCGAGUGGCUCUGGAGAUCGUAGAGACAGAACAGGCGUACGUCAGAGAUCUGAAGAGCAUUGUGGAGGUAAGAGGAGGAGCUUCACUCAUGAUACAGGCAGAUGAUCAUCCUGAAGAAUUAACCAUCAAAACAAUUUUAGAAUUUUUUCUUCAAGUCUUCAGUAAAACAAGUAUUAAACCACCUUAAAAUCUGUGUUCGCUAACUUACCACUAUUUAAGUGACAUGAAGACAUAUUCUGUAGAGGAGAAAGAGGGAAAGGCAGGAGCUCAGGGGACCAAAUCCCCCAGCAGUCUAAACCUGUAGCAGUUUAAUCCUACAGAAAACUAAGGCUGUAAGAGUCGAGGCCUCCAGCAGUCCCAGCUUAUAGCAGUCUAAAUCAAAAGCAGUCCAUGUCUGUUGCAGCACACUGAAGAGCUAGUUCAAGCUGGUCAAAGUGGAAAAAUUAAGGCCUUUUCAUUAGAUAAAAAAUUUGGAGAGCUCCUUAAAGGAGAGGGUAACUUAAGGCUCUACCUCCUACAUUCCUUUUAGUACGACUCAAACAUUUGUCCGCUUUAGACCAUGACGAGCUUUGCACAUCAAGAGAAGGAGAAUUUUCCUCACCUCAGAUAUGAAGCUUCAGUUUUGGAACAAUUAAACCUUUCCUGCUCUCUGACUGACUCCCUCUCCUUUACAAACAACCUGGAGACAUGUAUCCAUUAACAACUGGCCAUAGAACUGGCAGUAUAUGAGAUCAUCAGCAGGAAGUGGUUGUUGACUUUCUCACACACUUCAUCUCUGUGCUAACAUGAACUACACAAAAUUUACAGAAAAAAUCAUCAGCGACACCAGCAGAGAGAGACAGAGCGUGUGUGUGUGUGUGUGUGUGUGUGUGUGUGUGUGUGUGUGUGUGUGUGUGUGUGUGUGUCUGGGAGGAGCUCACUGUUGCACUGAUUUACAGGCCAGGUGUGAAUGCCUUUGGGCUGCUUUACCUGCAGCUGGCUUCCAUCCACACACACUAACUCACAUAUUCACUGAAAACACACAAUCACCUCCGCCCACUGUUGCAUCAUGGGCGCAAAGACAAAUUCAUCGAUUGUAUUUGGAAGGUAGAAUUUCUAUUUGUUUACCUUAUUUAUUUGUUGUCUGAAUCUCUGGUUUCUAUUUUAUUCUCCUCUGCUGUGCCACUAAUUUGCCAAAUUCAAAACCAUAACAUCCUCAAAACCAGCACGUUAUUAAUGAAUUUACCCCCAGUCAAGCGUGUGUAGGGAGAAAACAUUGCAACGUUGUGCAUCCUUUCAUAAAAGCAAACUAAUAGAAAUAAUAAUGCAUCAGAUUUCAUAUAGCGCUUUAUCAGAGACCUUCAAAGCGCUUUACAAUGGAUACAUCAUUUAUUCAGUCACACAGUCACACCUUUGUGGUGGUAAACUACCUUAGAUCAUACAACAGUGGAGGACACACACUGGGAGCAAGGUUGGGUUAAGUGUCUUGCCCAAGAACACAACGGACAGACUCGGGAUAGGGGGGAAUCAAACUGCCAACCUGCUGGUUAUUGGAUGACUGCUCUACCUCCUGAGCUACUGCCGCCCCUACUAGCAUGUUAUGUAGGAGUUGCAGCUGUUCCUCAAAGGAUAUGAACUCUUUGGUCACUUUCAUACCAGAGUUGUUUGGUCCACUUUAAAUGGACCAGAGUUCGCUUCCUCGGAUAGUCCGCUUCGUUUGGGCAAGUGUGAAAGCUCAUCCAAACUCUGGUGCAGACCAAACAAGGGAAAUGUGGUCCACCUGAAAACGUGGGUCUCGGUUUGCUUGCAAGUGAACCCUGGUUUGGUUCGUAUUAGAGCAUGACAUGGGAGCGGAUUUUCACUCCUGUCCAGUCCCACUCCCAGAGAAAAAAAUCCUGUCCCGUCCCAAUCCUGGACCAGCGAAAAAAAAUUAAUCCCGUCCUGUCCCACUCCCGUAGAAUGACUCCCACUCCCAUCCCGCUCCCACUCAAAAUUACUCCCACUCCCGUCCCGCUCCCGUUUGAAUAAAACCAAACAUGUUGAAAAAAUGUUGCAUUUUUUAUUUUAGUUAAAAGUGCACUGCAUAUAAAAGGCAUUGCCUUUAAGUUUCAGAUGCCUGACAUUCGGUCGGUGUAAACAAAGUGCAUAUAUAUACAGUCGCGGUUCUAGAAUAAAUUACUCCCCAGGUGAGACCCCCUCCAAGCCAUCUGAGCUGCGCCUCUGAAAUCCUGAGGGCCACUUUGAGAAGGGCCUCCAGAACCUGAGGUUUUCUUAACUGUUGAGAUUUACAAAAAAGCUGAUAUCUCAGCUGGACGGGUAUGGUGAUUUGAUUCGCCACGACCCCAGAAAUGAUUGAAAAACUACAGAAUGUCACAAAAUGACGUAUCCGCGCUCCUGGCUUGAAGGGUAGAAAUGCGCAGCCGUGCUCCCGGCUGGCAGGAAGUCAAAACACUGUUGUAGUUCUUUUGUGUUGCUAGCGCGGUCAAGAGUGUUGGCUCUCACUGAGAGAUGACAAAAAAAUGGACACAUCUGUUCAUCUAAUUGUUCAACACGGCUGAAAAUGAUCAUCUAUUAAUGUUGUUCCCGCUCCUGCCCACUCCCGUUGCUUUUUUUUCCCGUCCCGAUCAUGGGAUUAAUUAAAAAAUGACUCCCGUCCCUUGGGAUUCCUGCGGGAAUCACGUGACCCACGGGAAUUCCCGAAAAAUGUCAUCCUCUAGUUCGUAUGCAGUGUGAAAGCUCACCGGACCAAACACAGGACCAAAUGAACGUAAUGACGCUUUACGCAAUGCGUACGCAGUGCAUCUUGGGUAGAGGAAGCACAGCGUCACUUGUUGCUAUGACAACUGCUGACAUUAGCAGUUGCUAGCUAGCUUAGCUGAACCGCUGACAUUAGCAGUUGCUAGCUAGCUUAGCUCAAUUGUCUGAACAACAACAACCCAUAAAUUCGCGAUUUGGCAUAUUUAACAAAAUCAAAUCACAACUACCAACAGUCACAGUCCUUAAACUCUGAGCUCAUAUGUUGUUACAUGUUAGAUCGUCAAAGUUAGAAAAAUAACAGGAUCAAUCCCUGACAAGCUACGAUAGCAUUAUAGGAACAGUUGCGUUCACCAACGUUGUAGCAUUCCAUGAAAUAAUGUGACGAAGCACGAUACAAGGGGACUAGUCCACCCCUGUUUGUAAUCUGUGAGGUUACAUACCCCUCCUACUUUGUCCAAUCGACGAGCGCCCCUUUCAACCAUGUAAUGCUGCUCAGAAAGUUUGGUGCGCUUUAGAAAUCACAGUGUGAAAGCAGAACCGAAACAAGUGAUAAAUGUAACAAUGUUGCGACUUUCAGCUCCCCAAUCGAACCGAGUCUGCUUGGUCAGGUGUGAAACUGACCUUUGUGUCUCAAAAUGUCCUUAAAAAGUUUAGCUUCUGCUGCUCUGAUAAAGAAUCAGUCAGUGUUUCAUGUCUGUGAGGGAAGGCUCGAGCUCUUUGUGGAGUGAAAACCUGUUUUUUUUUUUCUUUCAAACGGAGUUCUGAAUGAGAAAUAGUUUUGGAGAGAAUUUGCUGAGUCGAUUGUUUGAUUGUGUGAGUUUCAUCCAUCAUUGGUCCAGGUGCAGCAGGAGUCAGCCAGGCGUGGUGUGUGUGUGUGUGUGUGUGUGUGUGUGUGUGUGUGUGUGUCUCCAUCUGUCCGGCUGGAGUGUGAAACAUGCUUUUGAAGUGAAAGAGAGAAUUUACUGCUGCUUUCAUCCCCUGCCAUCACACACACACAUGCGCACACACACCUUUGUGGCUGGCCUGUCAUCAGGUGUAUCAGCUGUCUGUCAGUUUCUUCCCUCCGACCUUCUUCAGAGGUCGAUCCUCCGGCUCUCUCUCUCAUCACCACAUCUUUCUUCUUCUUUCGUAAUCCUCCUCCUCUCCUCCUCUCUCUGUUUUCCUCCACACUCAGAGGUCAAAUUUUAAAUCUCAAAAUGACUAUUAUCCUGCUUUUUAGGUAAAAUGAUGACUCUGAUCAACUCUUGGUUGGUAAAAGAAACAAAAUUAUGAGCUGUGUUUUGUCUAAACAGCUUCUAUACAGCCACUUGUCAAUCAACCUAACCACGGCCCUAAUUAUGCUAAUCUAUGUAUAACUCUUUGCUCAGGCUGAAUCAAAACAGACGAGUUUUACGAGUGUUUUCCUUGCACAGUGUGUACGAAUGAUAAAAUGAGCUACACACCAAAAACCAUUUCUGUACCAGAGUUUAAACUUGUUCACUUCAACCAUAAAGAUGAACAUUUUAACAUGGGGCUCUAUGGGGUCUGAAUUACUGUUGGAGACAGCCUGAAGUGGACACUGGAGGUACUGCAACUUUUUACACAUAAACAGUUUUACUGUUUGUGACCAUAUUGAUCUUUCUAGAUAUACAAACAUUCAGACAUACCCGAUAAUCUGGGUAAAAAUAGGUUUUUGUAACUGUAAUUUUUAAUCUCAUUUUAUGUCCCUUAUGUCAUUUAAAAAAUGUAUUUCUAUUGGGAUGACUUAAGUUUCUCUAAAUUACAUACCACUAAAACUUGAAAUGAAUGUGUUGCUUUAAAGUAUAAAGUCCAUUAAAAUCAAGUCAGUCUCUGGUGUUUUCUUCUAAAUUCUUUACGUUAAUCAGGGAAUAUACACAAUUUUUCAUCUUUUCUCUUCUUCAAUGACGACUUCAAUCUCUUCAAAAACCCAGACUGGUUUGCAUUAAAUUUGGUCCCACAUCUUUCAUAUUCAGAGUUUUUCUUCAAAUAUUAUUUCCCACCUCAGGCUCCUCAUUUUAUACCCACUUUCUUCUUGAAACAUUUUAAAGAGUUCAGCUUGUGCAGGUUGUCGUUUUAAACUUCUAGGAGUAAAUGUUAGGUUUUCAGAUUGGGAGCGACAGUCUCUGAAUUCCUCUCUGCCCGAUGGAAAGAGGGUUUGAUAGAUGAUAGUCCUCAGUGUUUGUGUGUGUGUGUGUGUGUGUGUGUUGUCCUGUAAUGUAAGCCCUCGUUCCUGCUGCUCUCUGUAUUUGAGGUUUUGCUGAAGUCUGGUUUUGAUUGAGGCUACAUGAUGUCACGCUCACUGGGAAUCUGAACCAACUACCAUAAUAGGCCUGUGUGUGUGUGUGUGUGUGUGUGUGUGUGAACAAUAACAACUCAGAAGGAGCAGGAGAGAGUAAAAACAGUUCCCCUCUGUUGCAUGUUUCUUCUAACUUUUGAAGAAAACUUUCCCAAAGCUUCACAUCUUUGCACAAAAGCCCAAUAUCGCUCCACCUGAUUUUUAUCCGUCUUUGAUUUUUGCAAACUUCUAUUUUUGCAGCUUUCAUGUUGCUUUCCUGCAAAUUAAAGAUUGAGUCAGAAAAUUGUGCAGAAAAAAGUGCAGGAUUUUCAGGGUUUUUGUGAGGGAGAAAACUCAGUUGUGGAGCAAACAUGAGACGUUUGGUGCAGUGGGGAUCCUGCUGUUGACCUGCAGCCAAGUGGGACAGGAAACUAGGGGGGAGGAGAGAGGGAGAAAUAGAAAGGGGAGAAAACAGAUGAUGGGGGAGAAAGCAGGGGAGGAGACAAGGAAAGGGGGUUGAGAAGGGGAAGAUAAAUGCUGGGAUCAGAGGGAGAUUGGGGAAUGAGAAAAGUGGGAGACAGAGUAAAGUAAAGGAAGACAGAGAAGCAGAAAAGAAUGAACAGAAAACAGGAGGUGAAAUUUUGUGGUGAGCACGAAGGGGAAGAUGAGAAUAAAAAACAUAGAGAUGAGUGACUGAAUUAAACAAAAUGAGGCUGCAAAAAACUCAAGAAGAGAAAAAGGCAGAAGAAAACAAGCAAUGGAGAGAAGAAGAUGACAGAAAAGAUGGAGGUGGAGGGAAAGAUUUGAGGAAAAAGGAGGGGUAGACAUGGGGGUAGGGAAGUAGGGAUGAGUGAGUGAAUAAAACAAAGCGAGGAUUAAACAGAGAGAGAGAAAGCAGCUGUUAAAAUGAGUCCUGACUGGGUUCAGCUUCGCUCUGCAACAGAUUCAUCAUCUAAACUCACUGCACUCACAUAAAUAAUUUAACAAACCAUGGAAAAGAAAAAGGGGUACAAUUUCUGAAGGUGAAGCUGUUGCACCCCAUAAAACAACAUGUUUUUUCGAAGGGGGACAAGUCAGGACUGCAGUCAGGCCAGAACAGAACUCUUCCACUACAGAGCCAUGUUGUUGUAACCCCUGUUGCAAGAAUGUGGUUUGUCAUUGUCUAGCUAAAAGAUGAAGGAGAAUGGUUUUCAGAAGUGAUUUUGAGCCCAUGCAGGGAUUUCCACUCCAGAGCCCUGUCUCUUUUUAGUGCAGUACUGCCUGAGGGCCUGAAAAUCAGGACCAUCCAGUCUUGGUUUUGGUCCAUGUCCCUUGAGUCCAGAGAUUUCUCCCGAUUCUCUGAAUCUUUGACUGAUAUGAUGUUCUGUAGAUGAUCAAAUCUACUCAUUCUUUGACAUUUGAUGUUAUUCUAUAACUGUUGAUCAAUUAGCUUAUACAGUCUCUCACAGAGUGGUGAGCCUGUUGAUGGGUUCUCCUCUUCAGAAUGUAGAGUAGUUAGUCAGUUUUGGUUUGUCAUCACUUAUUUCUCUUUCUUAAUCUCUUCAUGUAUGAUUUUUGGACCCCCCCCCCCCCCCCCCUCUGUCUGUCUCUCAGUCUCUCUCUCUCCUCUCUGUGACCCACUUUCAAAUAAAGACUCUCCUUUCCUUCAUCCUUCCUCUCUUUCUUUGACUCUUUCUCUCCUCUCUCUUUUGUUUUUCUCUCUUCUUCUCUGGUGUUUGUUUUCUGCUGCAUCCCUCACUCUCUCUUCCUCAUUCCUCCUGUAUUCUCCUCUUCAUCAUCCUGUUGCACUGUCUCAUUUGUCAAUCAUCUCUCACUCUCUCACUCUCUCUCUCUCUCUCUGUACCCUCCAGUGUGUGUGUAUGUUUGUGUGUGUGCAUGUAUGUGUGUGUGUGUGUGUGUGUGUGUGUGUGUGUGUGUGCAUGUGUGUGUUUCCUGUUGCCUUUAAAAGGUGAUGAAUGUGGCCAAGGCCGCUCAUUAUAUGCCUCAUUAUGCGCGCACACACACACACACACACACACACACACACACACACACACACACACACACACACAGGCAGUGUGUUUGUUUUUGAGGAAAAGAGAGAAAGAAAAAGAAGGUGAUGUGUUUUGUUUAUCAAAAAUAAAAGUGUGAUGUCUGGAUAAGGGAAUACACACUCAGAGCAUCAGUCACUGUCAGACUCUGACCAAUCAGAGAGCAGCUUCAUUAGAAGGCGGAGCAGAAUAAACUCCUUAACUGUCUCACUCAUGCAGUACACAGUGUACCAAUCCUUCUUCGUCAUCUUCUUUCCUUCCCUUCUUCUCCUUCCCUCUGUCCUCCUUUGAUUCUUCUUCUCCUUCCUUCCCCUUUCAUCCCUUUUACUUUUCAUUCCUUCUUUCCUUCCUUUCUUUUCUCCUUUCCUUCCUUUGUCAUCCUUCUGUUCUACCACCAUCUUCUCCUUACAACCUUUCUUUCUUUCCUCUGUCCGUCUUAUUCUCCAUUCCUCCUACCUUCCUUAUUUCCUUCUUUUUUCCUCCUUCCAUCCUUCCUAUUGUCUUUUCUACUCCUUCUUCUCCUUUUCCAUCCAAUCGUUUUUUCUAUCUUCUUGCUUCUCCUUCUACCUUACUUACUUUAACUUCACCUCUCCCUCUAUCCUCCCUUCCUUCCUUACAUCUUUUCUUUCUUCCCAUUCUACUCCUCCUUUCAUCCUUAUACUUCUUACCUUCUUCCUUUCUCCCCCCUUUCUCCAUUCCUGAUUUGCACCUCCAUUUGCCCUUUAUUCUGUCUUUCCUUCUACUUCUUUCUUCCCCUUUUCUUGCCUUCUCUCUCUUUUCUUCUUCAUUUCCUUAUCCUAUUGUCUUUCCUUUUGUUUUUCUGCUACAUUUUUCAACUUAUCAUCCCUUUUCUUUUUUCUUUUUCUUCUCAUAUUUGUUCUUCCACACCAUCCUUCUUCAUUCUUAUUUUCCUCCUUUUCCUCUCCUUUGUCUUUUUUGUAUCCUGAAAUUGCAUGCUUGCAUCCUUCACUUGCAUUAUUUCCUUGCGUCUUGGUCCCUUCUACCAGAGAUACAGAGAUGCAGGGUAAUAAAGAGGGGAGAGAAUGAAAAAGUUAAGAGAUAUGAGAGGUUUUUUUUCCUCUGCAGGGUCUGUCUGAAUAAAUAUAUAAUCACAAAGGCCAGUCUGUGGGCUGUUUAUUCAAAGAUUUCUUCACUUGAGACAGUUCGAGCCCUCAGAUGUGAAUAAAUCACUGACUUCAUCUCACACUGUGAGCCAAACCUGACCAGAUUAUUUGACCCUGGCUCAGAAAAGCUCAGUCUUUUUAUUAGAUUACAUUCUGGUUAAUUUCAGUGACUCUGCACACAAACGUCAUGAUCCCUGUUUAGGAGCUCGGAUUAAAUCUUACCUCAUCUUCUCUGAUUAUUUUCACCAAAUUUAUUUUCCUCCACGGAUGAAUUUUCUGCUUUUUUACUCUGGCUGGUGUCCUGUAAGUGAUUCAGAGUCUGACCUCUGUUAGCUUCAGUCUGUCUCUGUGAGUUUACUGAUGUCUUACUGUGAAGAUAGGUCAGCAUGGUUUAUUAGAAAAACUCUCAUCCUCUCUGUCAGUGUCUCUUCUGCAGAAUAAUCUAAUUACAGUGCAGGAAAUGACCUUAUUUGGACUAAUGGGAUUGGAUGAUGAGUUUGUCAAAGUUUCCACUCCAUUACAUCUGACAACAUGCUGAACUCACCAUUUGUGUGUUUGUGCAUGAGGUAAUUGAGUGUUUUAAAGUCAUAAAACUCAGGAACGAACUGACUCAAAUUAUGAGUCUAAAUUUUUAGCUUUUCUCUAUAAUUUUUCAUGAAAAAUUCCCCAUAAGUAAAUGUUUAGUUGUAGUCCAGGGCCAGUCGUGGGUGUGCAUUUCAUCUGCAAUUCAUAAAAAUAUCUAAAAAACCAAACCAGAAAUGUUACAGGCCAACUUCAGUUUGCAGAAAACAUCACUUUUGCAGCUGUUUGGUGAAACAUGCAGACAGGAUGGUGAAAAACUCUAAAGAUCAUCUGUACCGCCUGUUUUUCAUCUCUGUUGUUUCCUGUGUGAUCUCUGGUCUGAUGCCACCUUCUGAGCGACGGUAACCAUGGUUUCCUGUUCACAACUUCACAACUUUUCUGAGUGCACAGACUAGACAGCAUCUGUCAAAUCUUUAAAGAGCGAUUUGGAAUUCAAAUACUUGUUUGAUCAAGCUCAAAAGUCAAAUUUUGCAUUUUAUCAGCUCAUUUGGCUGUCUGAAGAAGCUUGGUGUUUGAUCCAAGCUGUCAGGUAUCUGUGAGGGGAGAUUCAGUCUAGUUAUUAAAUAAAAGAAAGUGUAACAGACGGACAGACAGACAGCAGGAUGAAAAUUUAACAGCUUCUCUUAGAGUGUCUCUCUCAUUGGAGCACUUAAAGGUGCACAAAUGUAUUCACAUCAACAAACACUCUUUUUGUAGAGGCUCAGUCUAAUGACUGGCAGCGUACACCUGCACAGUCUUGCUUAAGAUGUGACUGCACCUUUACACUCUCAGCUUAUUGCCCAUGAUGUCAAACUGAAUUCAUUCUCACUGACGCUCUCUCUCUUUCUUUCUCUCUCUCUAUAUCUUUAUGCAGGAUUAUCUGGGCUGCAUCAUUGACUGUGGCGCUCUUCCGUUGAAACCGGAGCAGGUCAGCACUCUGUUCUGCAACAUCGAGGACAUCUAUGAGUUCAACAGGUAACACCGUCUGAGGAAACCACUCCAACCACUGUGUGCUUAAUGCUGUUUGUUUUAUGCAGUGGAUGUUGGUAUGUUCAUAUCAGUGGUGAGCGGUGACCUUUUACUGUGGUCAUGCUGAAGUGUCAACUCCAUGCAAACACCUGCAAGGGCGUGAGCUUGAAAAAUUUGGGGUAUUAAUUUAUUUAAAAAAUCACAUAAUUUGUUUUUUAACUACUAUAUCAACUCGAUUUUAAUAGACACUGUCACAAUCACAUUUGCACCAUGUUACCAAUAACAAUAUUUUGGAAUUGACAGUGUAUAGAAAGGCAAAGUGAAAGCGGAAAUAUUCAGGACUGACACAGGUUGAUGCAUACACACACGUACAGUAAUGUAACCAGCUCCGUCGUCAGUAAAAUGACACAAUCACAUGCCUACAAAGUUACCAACAACAUGUUCGAAUUUACAGUAUUCAAAACUGGCUUGCGGCCAUGAAGUGGGCUCAAGCCGGGUUCAGCAGCACUCGAGCAGAGUGGGAGAGAGGAAAAGCAUCCCACUGAACAAUUCAAACAAGCCAGUUAUGCGCAUUGGCAGAUAAGAUGCGUCAUUGACAGCUUUUUUGCCUUUCAAUAUGCUCAUCUACAGUAAACACAGCCUCUAGCACUAACUGUACUUACCAGUAUCACAGUGCGCAUGCGUGAAACAAGCUGUCAGCUUUUUGCAAGCAAAAUAGGACAGAUUAGGCAGGGAUUUAAGACCAAAACAGUAGAACUAAGGUAUUGUAUAAUUGAACACACUGACAGAUUAAUAUUUUAAAUGAUUUUGGGCUCGGGCAUGCACUGAAUUUAUAGCUAUUAUGCCCACUUGCCCCUAGUUCAUAUGCAUUAGGUGCUGAGGUUAAAGCAGAUAUUGAAGUUUGCAGAAGUAAAAAGUUAUGCAAAUUUUAUCAUGUCCAGGUGUUAGCUUUAGAUUUUUUGAGUUUCACCCCAAAACAGUGUCAAGUGAUUAUUAUAGAGUGAUAUAAAACCAGUGUGCAUGUAAACACCAUCUCCUGAAUAUGAUCAAAACCAGGACAAGGCUCAUAACCAAGAUACCCAAGUCCAUAUAAAAGCACUCAGUAAUCUCUGUCUAUCUUUGGCAGGGCUUAGGGGUUGUAAAGGUCACACAAAAAGUUUUUCUCCAUUUCAAACGAAACUUCAAACAAUUCUGAUGUGACUUGAAACAGAAAGAAAGCAGUUGGUCAGAAAUGUUUUAAUGUCUGUGGGAAAGCCAGCUCAUGGGAAAGUGAUAGAGGUGACAAAUCUUAGAGGUGAGUCCUGAGGGGACGAUGAGACUUGGUGUGCUGCUGAAAGUUUGAGUCCGGUGACAAAACUCUGAGCUGUUCAGUUCACCUCUGAAUGUAGGUCAGAUGAAACCGUAGGCUUGGUUUUGAUAUGUAAUUCACUGAGCGAUAACUUUCCAAGGAUUCCUCCAAACUGCAGGAGAAUAAGUUGAAGUUGGUGAUUUCAGAUCUUCUGAGGUGUUUGUGUUCAAUUCAUGUUGGAUGUUUCAGUGGUACCUCGGAGAUCACUGUGCGUUUUCUUUGGGGUUUCGUCACUGUGGCGGCUGCUCGGUGCAAACACGAGGUGUACGUUUUCAACAUUAAACAUCAGCUCACUUUACAUUCAGCGGUAAAAACUGUUCCAUCGUGCAGAGAGAUUUUAGUGGAUCUGGGUCUGGAAAGUAUCUUGUGGCUAACACAGUCCCAUAAAGGCAGACAGAGAUAAGCUGCUGGUGGAAACAUUCAUACACAGAGGCAGGAAUCAACUGAGCAAGGCACCGAGGCUGCCAGAGCCGCGGGUUUGAUUCCCACCGGGACAAUUCCACAGUUAAAAAAGUGGCUGUCUGGAGGUUUUCAGUGGGGGGAUGAAAGUGUGCAGCAGCUGCUGAGCUCAUAAGAUGAAACCAGAUUCUUUAGCAGAGAGAGUGAGUGUGUGUUUCUGUGCACACUUGUUAGUGCAGCAGUUGUCUCUCUUGGUAUGUUCACAUGUGGUCCAGCAGUGUUCUGGUUCUCCACUGCAAUGCAUUAUGGGUGUUUUAAAGAAUCCGUAUGACAGUCUUGGGAUGCUUGUGUGGAGGACUUUAAAUAUAGACCAGUCCAGAAACCUGAGUGAUUUAGCUGUUGGAAUUAACCUUUAAAAUGCUGCAACACAAAGAAUUAUCAUUUUAAUUUGUUGCUGUGGGCGACUGCCUCUCCUUUUUCUCAGCUCAACAUAAGCACUGGCAACUUAAGUGCUAAUAACACUGCAAACUGCAAAAAGAGUUAAACAGUGAUGAAUAGGGACAGGGAGGGAGAUAGAAAGAGCAGCAACAAAGACCUUCAGGCUCUGUGUUGAGAGCUCCCUGCCCCUCGACCACACUGAAUGCCAAAGCUUGCAGAGGGGAAAACACAUCUCCCCUCUGUUUAUGAGCAUUCAUGAAAAGUCGAGGCAGGGAGAGCAGCAGCAAAGACACAGAAAAAGUUGCGACCUAAUGUUAGCAAGGAAUUUAUUCAACAUUAAAGUCCUAGCUGCAGCUGAAUGCUAGCAUCAGCUGUUAUCUUACAACAGCUGAUGUUAUCAACUGUGAUUUUAUUUAAUGAAAAUCAGGCUCACUAUCCAAUCAGACUGAACUUCCCAUUGUCUUUUUAAUUGAGAGGCAAUAAGAGUAUUAAAAUUGACUCAUUUUGAAAGCAGCCUCUGGUGGCCACUUGAGGUACUGCUGCUUUUAAGAGAAAAAUAAUUAACAGACAAAGAUUGCAUCAACUUUAAAAAGAUUAUUCAUUUUGAAAGGACUAACAGCAGGUUAAAGAGGCAGAGUCUGCGUGUGUGUGUGAGUGUGUGUGUGGGUACUGUUCUAGCCUGGGAAGGAAGAUGUUGAAAUAUGUCAUAAACACACACACACACACACACACACACACACACACACACACAACCCUCCGCCCUGCUGAAAGUCCUGUUUUCACACUCCACUUUCUUUGUAUUUGGUCCAAAAUAUACACGCUCAUACACACACACUCACAGAUGAACAAUGUCACACACGCGCACACACACAUACUCGAACACUAACAGUCAAACACAGUUUUCAUUCCUUCCAAGCUUCCUGCCCCCGGUUCUCAUGGGAAAUACUGUAUGAGGGCGAGUGAGAAAGAACAAGAAAGAGCUCCUUGCUCUCUUUCUUUCUCUCUCUCUUUCUCUCUCUCUGUCUGUGUCUUUAUGUGUCUCACACACAGGCUGAUAACUUUUAGUUAAUAAGUUAAUGAAUUAGUAAAAAUGAGGCACUAACAGCUCAGAAAUCCCCUCCUCCACCCCCCCACCUCUUCUCCACUGUUCUUGGCUUCUCCAGGUCGUGCAAAGUUUGAUCGAAUCAUUUGACCUGGUUUCUCUCGCUCUCUCUUUGUCCCAGGAUGGAGAGAAAAAGAAACCCCCUCUCGCUUGUUCUGGGUCAUAACCAAGCACUCAAACACUCACACACACUCACACAGACACACACUCACAUGCACAAAGUCCCAGAUGGGCAGACAUAACAACCCUAGAGUGACUACAUCAUUGCAGCAUAGCUCAAACAUGACACCAUCCAGCUUAGUGUGCAUGUGUGUGUGUGUGUAUGAGUAACAGUAGGGAAUAAAGCCAUGUGUGGUUAUGGGAGUUUAUUAAAACAGAGCGUGCUCAGUAAUCACGGGUUUAAAUGGCUUAAUUGAAGAGUAAUCAUAAUAAAUUUUAUUUGAAAAGAGCUAUUGCAGAGUCAGAUUUACACUGGUACUUUCAAAACCCACACUCCAAGAAUGCAACAAACCCAUUUACUCUCGAUCCCACACUGCACCCUGCACUCGGCUUCAGAGCUGGGGGAUUAAUCAGGUUUCAAUUUCAAUUUUAUUAUGAUUAUGGCUCCACACGAGCAUGACAUUUGAUAACUGAAAUGAACUGGUUUGUCUCCUUUCCCUUAAACAAAUCUCAGUUUCACUUUAUCAGGAGCAGAGAUCAAUCUGAAAUAAAGUUUAGGAACACCGGGCAGUGGUGAAUGCAGAAGUACAAUCACACAGGAAGAGGAGAGAGGAGAGCAGAGAGAGGAGCAAGGGCAAGAGGAGAGAGGAGGAGCAGGGAGAGAAGCAAAAGAAGGAGGAGAGAGGAGGAGCAGGAGAAGGGUUGUGUUUGCUCGUGUGUCUGAAAAGCCGAGGAACAGGGUAACACAACAAAAGUGGCUGAUGUGGCUGUGAGCAUUAAGUGUUGAUUAUCUGUGAUGUGUUUGUAGCUCGUUGCCACUUCAUCUUCUGUAGGAAACAAAAAUUGAAUUUUUAUCAUCUUUAUAUCAUCUAUAUACAUGUUAAUGAAGUUAAAAAAUACACCUCAUUUAAUGCAUCAACAGCUGAGGACCCCAGUCACAGGAUCCCAUCCCAGAUCGCCCACUGAAUCCCAGACUAGAUCCCACCCUGGAUUCCUCUCAUUACUGAAUGCUAAUAGUUUACUAUAGUCAGAAAAUCUAAAUACAGAGGACACACUGAUGAUUGAUUUGAUGAGUGAUGUCAGAUGCUGUAAGUGAGUAUAUGGUGGGCGUGGCUUCUGUAUCUUUUCCUUAUUUUCUUGAGAUUAAUAUCUGUGUCUUUCUUCUUCUCUGUUUCUUCCGUGUGUGUUCUCGUAUUCCCACUUCUCUCUGAUUUAGGAUCUGACCUUUAGCCCCGCCCUGCUAACCAGAGUUCAGCACCACAUGACGUCACAUAAACACACUCAUGCUGCUCUCCUUGUGAGGAACUUUAAUGCCAUGAGACAUUCCUCAGCCUGUUAUUUUAACCUUCACCUAAACCUAAGUGUAACCUUCAACCUGAAACUCUGCACGGCUCUUUGAAGACAUGACGAGCGCAGAUAAUCUCAGCGUCUACAUUUCUGACCUAACUGUAGGUCCAGACCUCACACACUUAACACACUUGCUCCUCAGUGAAUCAGUGUGUUGCCCCUUCAACAUUGAGACUGCAGGUUCAAUUCAGACUUGCAGAGAAGCAGUGGUUUGUAGUGGUCUCAAAAAUGAUCAGAAAUCAACCACUAAAUCCUGAAUUUAGAAUUCGAGAACACAGAAAGGGCAACCAGCAGAGAGGAGAAGCUUUUGACACAGUGGGCCCUGUUAUAAUGAAACAAAGACUAUUCUGUACAGUAAUGUCAGAGAGUUAAGUCUGUUGUUGUUUGUUGAAGUCGCCUGUGACCCAUUUACAAGACUUAAUUUUGCUUUCUGUCCCCAGAGUGCGUCUGAGUUUUAGACAUGAUGCUCCUGCAGCCUGGAAUCGGCUGCAGGAGGAUUGGGGACUGAUGUAGCUGGUUCCUCCAAAUUUUUAUUAAGCAAACUUAAAGUGUUUGAGGAAGAGGCAUCAGGUUGUAGAUGCUCUGACUGAUGAAUGUCUAUUGUAUAACUCAGGACAUGCUGACAUACAUUUGCACAAAAUCACAACUGUAACUUUGUUGGAAUGUGCAGCUGUCCAUGUUGGCUGGGACCUUCUUGCAAAAGAGAUUUCAAAUCCCAUUGAAUCUUUCCUGGUUUGAUCGAUGCUUGAGAAAUCAGAAAGAUAAGUGUUGCAUCUUGCACUUGAUGGCUGUAAAAGUGAAGGAUGUCUCAGAGAUAAAUAUGUUGCAGUACAUCCACAAAUUUCAUCUUUAGUUCUGGCUGGAAGGUGGACUUAGUAGAAUAUACACACAUUCACAGUAAAACCUGUCAAAACAGGGAAGAAAUAUCUUAUUUACCAUGUUUAUCUUUGAACAGCAUGGCUAUGAAACACUACAUGGCCAUGAAACAUUAGUGAUUUAAAUGAUAUAACAGUUGUCUUUGUGAUAUCUGGUCUCCACACUGACAUGUGAGAGAUACAGCCCUCAUGUUGAUCAAUCAUCUUUUUACAUAAACCUAAAAAAAACUUCUGAGUAGUUAAAGAUUUAGCAAACAUUUCUGGACCUCUAUUGGAUUUUAUCAAAAGGUUCAUUAAAAAAGGGUGGUACUCUCCAGAGAAAAGUCUCACCUAAAACAACUGGGAAGAUGUGACAGCCAGUAGUUUUAUCUUCAGACUUGACUGCAGCUCCCAGAUAAAACACACUGAUGGUUAUAGGAUCACAGCUUUUCCAGCGCCUGAGAGGCAUAAAUCACAGCUGUCUGAAGACCUUGUUAAACUUCUGCUCUCAGGUAUGUUUUUAUAGUUUAAUAUGCACUAUGAGUUACACAGACUGCAGGUUGGAGACAGCCAACAGUAAAUAAAGUCUGAUUUGGUGAUGUGGGUCUGCAGGGGUGGUCUGCUUCUGAAAUCACAUUACAACAUGUUGAUUUAAAGAAUCUGAAAGUUUUGAUUCAGAGCUAGAGACACUGCUCCACACUGUCUGAAGACUUUAAGUUUGGAUAUGAUUCUGCUGGAUUAUUUGAUAGAUAUCCAGACCAGGAGGACGCAAUGAUUGUCAACAAGCUGCAGUUCCACUAGCGGCCACCGGAAAACAUUCAGCUUCCAGUAAAAAAAGUGAGCUGAGGGUCAUUCCAUUUCACAGGAUGCUUUUUGGUGUCAUUACAGUUUCAGGAUAAGCUGGUGCUUAAUUUACACACUGACACCAGCUGAGAGGAGACAGAAACUUCAACAGGUAAAGGCAUGACAGAGAAAAAACACAAGAGCUGAUAUUUCAAGUAUCCUGGUGUAAUUAUAAAAAACUGCUUCCAAAUAACUGUCCUGGACUUCACUGGACUGUUUUGCAUUUUUGUCACAGGACUGCAGGCCCCAGUGGAAAUGUUGUCCAUAUCUGUGUUGUUUUUUUAUGCAGGUGUAAAUACCAAAAAUGUUCCAGAUUUAUCUGCAAAGCUUGUGAAAAUAAAGGAUUCAGAGGCAGCUUACUUUUCAAUAAAACAAUAGAAAUCCUGCAGAGUGACUCACUUUGGUGUAGAUUUAUAAAACUGUCUCAGUGAAAGAGACUUUUAGUCCCAAACCUCACAGGAUCUGAUUCUUGAUAUGUUGUUUCUUUUCUUUUUAUAACUUUUUCUUAUAUAACUCUCUCCUCCGCCUCUCCCUCCUUCUCCAUCAUCAGUUCAGUAAAGCAGCAUAUCUGAAAUGCCGCUCUCAGCUGCUGUUUAUCACUCUGUUAAAGACCCCUCUCUCUGUCUCUCAGGAUGAAAACCAGACUCCGGCCCCCCUCUGUUUGGUUUGGCCCCGGCCUGCACAGGAGGGCCCCGCUAGGGUGUUCAGGGUUCGGGGGUCAGCUGGGUCAUGUGGGGUCAGGGUCAGGUUUGUUUAUGUAGCGGCUUUAAACCCCCUGAGAAAAGAGGAGAGAUGAUAAAAUAUGCUGCACAGCUGAGGCGUAAAAGAAUGAGAGUGAACUUUGAAAAACAAAUAAAAUUCAGAUUACAUCCAUAAAAAUGUCAGACAAGAGAGGAGGGCCCUGAAGGAACUGUUUGAUUGACAGCUGCAGCAACCAGUAACAAAUUUAGCAUCAUAAUAUUUGAUAAUAGUCCUGUUCACUUUCACAAGGUGCAGAGGUUUCCCCUUCAGAAGAUGACUCCCUGUUGUGAAUGAUAGUGGACAUGUUGUGGCAGAGUCUUUGCUUUUCUCUCUGAGUGUAAAUUAACCAUCUUCAAUCUAUUUCAUACUGCUUACAAAACUUUAUAACAACAGAAAACUCCUAUUUUUGUGUCUAAAAUCUCAUCCUCAAAAUAAACAGCUUUUGGAAGAUGACUCCCUGUUGUUGCUGGUAGUGAACGUGUUGGAGCACAGGCAUUGCUUUUCUUCCUAUGUUUAAAUUUACUCUGGCCAACUGAUUUCACAUUGCUUUCUAAAAACUCUGUUAAUAGCUUUGGGAAGAUGACUCACUGUUGUCCCUGGUAGUGGACAUGCUGAGCAGAGGCAUUGCUUUGCACACAAUGCUUUUUUUUACUGUGAUUAAUUUAUUUCACACUGCAAACUAAACUUUGUAUAACUGUUAAAAAAACGUACAGCUUUGGUUGUUGGUUUAUUGAAAACAACAAGGUGUGUUAAAUCAUGCACUGAAUAGAAAAGUGAGGCAGCCAGGCUUCAAAAUCCUGCUGUUGAAUUGUAAGAAUGAAUAUCAAGCAAAAUUGUGAAGUUUCUGUGUUUCCUGGGACAUUCGUAGAGCUACCUCACAAGAAUUUUAGAUGAUUUCAAACUUUCUACAAAUGUGACUGGCCUUUUUUUUUCUUCCUUUCUCUUUUCCAAGAAGGAUGAUACUUUGGUUUCAGGUGAAAUAACUGAUUUUCAGGAGGAAACUUGGCAGAAUUCCUAAUCUUUGAAAAACUCUCAUUUCUCCUCUGACCCUAACUUUUGAGGAUUUUUUUUUUUAAAAAAAAUUGUUCCAAAACAUGUCCAUAAAUCCUUGCUUUAUUGCAGCAACUUAACACUGCACUAUUUGAACUGCCCUCAGGUCAAUUAUCAUAGAAAUACCCUCAGUCAUAUAGCUGCGGUUAGAAAAACUGAAUAACAAGUGAACUAAUGGAGAGUUUGGAAAAUUUACUUCAUAGUCCAUCACUGGUUCAACAAGCCGAUUGGAACCUGAUAUAUUUGGAUUGUUUAUAAUGUGUGCUAUAAGACACUCAGUUUAGAUCCAGAAUUAAAAUAAAAUAAAAGUUAAAACACCAAACCUUUAAAAUUUCACAGUCAAAAUCAUCAACACUGUAAGGGUAACACUAAGCUGUUGGUUAACCACAGUUAGCCAGAAGCUCGAGAGUUUUCUUCCGGUAAAGUUACAGUUUUGUCCAAUGGUGUUUGGUGGCUUUUAUGGGAAAUAAUGUAACAGCUGUUCCUGAUUUAAGAAAAGCAGCAUCUUACUCUUUUACAAGGCUCUUCAUUUGUUGGCAUUAUUACUGAUUAUCUCUCAUUUAUUUUCUUCUUAGUGUUUGACUUUAUUUCCACAGAUGUUUUUCACUGUUUCCAGUCAUCAGCUGUGAUCAUUUAUAUGACCGUCUAUCCUGUCUGUCUGUCUGUCUGUCUGUCUCCUUAUAUUCAAUCGCUCUUAUUGUGGCUGGGUUUCUCCCUCUCUCUGCUCUACUGUGUCUCAUAGCUUACCCCCUCCCCCUCCUCUGUGGUCACUCAAUAAAAAACAAAAAUACAAAAACACCCAGAGCUCCCUCUUCCUCCUUCUCUUCCCACAAUCCCCCACUAAUGAUGUCCGCCGGCCACAAAAUGAGGCCUGACGCCAGAGAAGAGAGAGCAAGCAAGAGGCAAGGGAGUGUAUGUAGAUACGUGUGUGUGUGAUGGGAGAGUUGAUUUCAGCUUGUUAAGUAAGAAUGUCGGGAGAGUUCAGCAUUGUAACCUCAUGAAUGUGUGUAAAUUAAUCAGUAUUUAUAAGGGUACAAACCUCACCAACUCUGACCUUCUGACUAUUUUUCUAUCCAAGCACUGAAUAUUUACGCCCAAUCCUACUCUGUCGAACCUUUAAAGAGGGUCAGAGUAUUUAAGAAGACCUGUUACCGUACUAUGUCUUUAGCUACUGCUUGCGUAAUUCCCAGUGAGUAAGGUAGAGUUUUAUGGUCCAGGUUCUUGGAAGGAUGCUGCCCAGCUUAUGAGAGGGGUUCUGGCUCCUUUUGACAUGUUGGCAGUCUUGAGUUUUAUCAGCCAGUCAGGUGUCAGCAAGUGUUGGUGUCUGUAGGAAUAACAGCUUGCAUGGAGAGCAAAAGCAGGCAGAUGACUGUCAAAUAUGAGUAUGGUUCUGCUCGAGGUUGCCACCUGUUAAAGGAGGUUAUUCCUUUCCACUGCAAACUGCCAAACUUUUGAUUGAUUGACUUAUCUGCUUGAUGCUGAGUCACUGAAGACAAUCAGUGUUUAGAUUUCCUGACUUCUCUGAAUGCAUCAGAAAUUAUGGAUCUGACCUCCAUUCAACAAACAGACAUUAAAGUUGUUUUCUUCGAGUCUCGAAGGACUGACCCAAUGAAGCCUGACUUUGGACUUUUUACUAAUCUCCAUCAAGAUGUCAAUUCAGCAAUUUGAAGACCUGCUACUGCAGUCUGUUUCAGGUUCAUGCUGAUGAGUGACGACUCUCUUUAACUCUCUGUUUACAGUGAAACUGAGACCCAGCAUUGCGAUGUUAUUCAGGCAAUUUUAACCCUGAUUAAUUGAAUGUAAAUGGUAGAAAAGUAGGUUUCUGUUUCAGGUUUAUGCUGCUGAUAUAUGCCAGAGUAAAUCCUCAAUGUAACUCACUACUUUCAGUGAAACUGAGACUCACCACAAAUUGGUGAAGAGAGGCUCCUUUGUUGGAUGUUAAGAACCAAGAAAUGUCAGGGUUUAUUCUCAAGACUAACCUUGGAGGGAUGAAUUUUGGCUCUUUUUGAUCUGAUCUGUUGUUUGUCACUCUGUAAACAGUUCAGCAUUGAGAAUAAGGAGUGUGGGCUGGGAGUCAUUCAUUGCUACACCUGAAUGCCUGAAAGUUCACCGUCACUCCCAGAAGAUAUAUCAUCCUCAGACAAUAGCUGUUGGCUUGUGAAAUCGCCUCACCUUUUCCUCCUUUGCUCCCGGCUCCUUUGCUUCAACGCCUUCCCUUGUUUCUUCUCCUUCCCUUGUUUCCUCUCCUCUCUAAUCCAGAUUUAUGUCAGGCUGUAAAGUAUGGUCAGACAUUUGGAUUUCCUCUCCUCGCUCAUACUCGUCCUCACAGACCUCUCGGCUCAUUUUAACGCCUCCUCUGUUCAGUGUUACGGCUCUCUGAUGUCAUGUUAAAUCUAUUUAGAUCAGUGAAAUCACAGGCUCAGCAGCUUCACUCUCUCCUCAUACAUUGUUCACUGAGCGGCAGUUUGCAGAUACUUGUCACACAUUUGGCUUCUUUUUCUGCCCAGCAACAAAAAUCUAUUCCAGUAUGUAAAAACACAAAAAGUGAAUUCUCAGAGAUGGUUCCAGAAAUUUUCCUUCAACAGUUUGUUUUACUGCCAGAGCUCUCACAGAGUUCUGAUUGUUAUCUUUUCACUGCACGGUGGGGAAAAGACACAUUACAGGCGCACAGACGCCUUCAAAAGUCAUCAAUGAGCAGGGAACCAUUUAGAUCACAGUUAAAGGUGAGGAAAUGUAAAACAGUUGAGAAAUCAAACAUCGUCAUUUUUACGACAUAUUUCCCUGAGUGACAAAUAAACAUCUGAGUGAUUUAAAGGGAUAUUUCGGUGUUUUGAAGUGGGACUGUGUGAGUUAUACGCCACUAGUAAGUGUAAUAGCUACAAUGGAUGCCGGUUAGCCCCGCCCCUUUAAUGAAGAUCCACCAAUAGAAUCAAGACACUAGGUUUUGUAUUGUUUUCAGCUGAUUCUGAUGGUCCUGGUGUGCUUUCCUUCAACAUUAGCUGAUGGAGGUGUUUUGCACAAUGGGUAAGGUCAUUGUAUUGAUGCGCUGGAAUUCAAGUAUUUGUACAAACCUGGUAGGAAAGGUUGAUAUUUGAACUUAUAUGAGCUGACUGGAUUAUGAGGCUGUCUGCAGUCCUCGGCGUUUGGUCCAGCAGAGGGCACUCUCAUCGGCACCUGACCGCUGAAUGAGACUCUUGAGUGUUGUACUGCCAGGUGUGGUUUCCGUGUUUUCAUUUUCCUGAGCCUGAUCUAAUGUGAGCUAUUUUUGGCUCCAGGAUGAUCCAAUCAGAGUUUGAUACCCUCAUUGACUGGGAGAUGAGCAGGUUUCUAAGAUACUACAGAGAUAAACCCAUAGACUGUAUAUAGAAUGGACGCCAUCUGCCUCCUUGCUAGUUGAAGCCACUCCGAGAACAGCACCCUCUGGUGACGGGCUUCAGCAUAGGUCAUAAAUCCUGCCUCCUCCAGCAAAGCUUAUGAAGAUGUGGACAAACUUUAGAAAUUUAUUACUCUGCUGAGGGGUCAAAGGUCAGAGAAUGCAGGGUUUGAACCUGAUCCUGGUCUGAGUUCAGACAUCCAACAGGAGGUCAGAUGUUCCAUCAGGAGUAGAAGUUUGUUUUGGCUGAAAGUUAAGGAGUGUUAGGUUUUUUCACUUCUUUGAUUUAGAAAGUGGUUUGGUCAUUUCCUUGUAAUGUGUGUGUGUGUGCGUGUGUGUGUGUGUGUGCGUGUGUGUGUGUGUGGAGGCUUUGGGACUGGACUUGGCUGAAACAGAGAGAUGGAUGGAUAAAAGAGAGUUAAGAUGAUGAGAUAAAGACAUAGUUUAUGGAAAUUGUUCAGUCCAUGUGUGUGUGUGUGUGUGUGUGUGUGUGUGUGUGUGUGUGUGUGUGUGUGUGUGUGUGUGUGUGUGUGUGUGUGUGUGUGCGUGCAUGCGUGCAUGUGUAGCAGCAGCACUAACACUUUGGCAGGCUCAGCCAUGAUGAUGAGGAUGGAUUGUGUGAUCGGUGGGAGAGCUGAGAGGAUGACGGUCUGCCAGCUUCAGUCUACAGGUCCUGGAGUCGUCCCGGUGUCACACUAACCUCCUCCGCCUCCUCUCUGUGGCUGAACUGAAACUAAAACAGGAUUUUCUUAUUAGGCUGAAUGUUUCCAUGACUCCCAGCAAAGCAGACUGGCUGUGAACCAGAGCUUUACUCAGGCUCUGUGGGAGAGACAUGACCUCUUUGAGCUGUCCUCAGUCUGAGGUUUUCUCUGUGCUCUGAGCUGGAGGAUCAGUUUGGAUCCUGCAGGUCCUGCAAGACCCAACAUCAGAGGAUGCUGGCAGAAGAACUCCAAACUGUAACCAGGGUCCAGAAUUAUUUGUUUGAUUCACCAGCUAAGGUGAAGGGGGGCAUUUGAUAAUUUUUAUUGGCCAAAAUACUGAAUUAUGUUUCUGUGCCUCAUACUCAUUUAUUUCAGUGUGUGUUGUUUAGAUAUUAAAGGGGCAUUCCAGCAUUUUUAAUAAGAAACUGCCAGCAGACACAGGACAUGAGGAAUGCUACACUUUCCUGCCACGUGAUUUCACUCAUUUUUAGAGACUCUGACUCAAGCACUCAUUACAGGAACCUUUCAACACUUUUCCAUCAAAAAGCAAAUGCAGAUUUGCAGAUACAACAGACACAGGAGUGCCGUGAAAAUGAAAGGGACAACCAAGUUGAUUUGCAGGAGUGACGAUAUUUAGGCAUUUAGUGGACAAACACAGACAUUCUAAAUCAAUGACUUUAGACAUAGCACAACAGAACUGGUCCAAUCAAGUUUUAUAAAAUGAAGGAUGUCUCCAAGAAUCAUAGAAAUAUUAAGAUUUAACAUAAAAGAAAAAACUGCUGAUGUUUUUAUGUCAUCCAGCCUGGAUUAUCUUAACCCUGUGUUUACCUCCUCAGUGGUAGAGCGAUAGUUUAACUGGAGGCUGUGUGUGAUUCAUAUGUUAAACUUCACAUGUGGUUGUCAUGUUCUGCUUUUCAUACUCACUCACAGCGUUUUGGCACAAACACGUCAGCAAAAAGUCUCUAACGUGAGCGUCUGUGUCUCCUCAGUGAUCUCCUCGAGGAUUUGGAGCGGAGUCCUGACGCUGCUGCCAUUGCUGAGUGCUUCGUGGAAAGGGUGAGUGCUGUGUGUGUGUGUGUGUGUGUGUGUGUGUGCGUGCGUGCGUGCGUGUGUGCGUGUGUGUGUGUGUGUUUGUGUGUGUGUGUUAGCAGCUGUUAGCUGACAGGAAACAUGACACAGUGAAACCCAAACAGCCAGUAAACCAGCAGCAGAACUGGACCCUCCAUUCACUGCAGCACUCACCAUUCAUCCAACCAUCUACUGCUGCGGCUCAGACAACACCCAAUGAACACGUUUUGACAGUGUGUGUACAUAUUUGUGUGUUAGUUUGUGUGAGUGUGUAAAUGUGUGUGUAUUAUGAACAGUAGUGAUAUUGUUCUCACGUGGUACAUUAGAGUCAGCUGACUGCAGGACUCUGUUUUCUGUUUGGCCAACUGUUCUGGGAAACUCCUCAUUACAUUGACUUUAAAGGGAAAUUCUGGCCUCUUUUCAAAACCUUGGCCGCUUUUGCUUUCACAUAUUUUGAGGUCUAAGUUAAGAGUUGAGGUCUAAGUUAAUCUAAGUUAAAUUAAUAAAAAUUGGAGUUGUUGGAGCUUACCUUUAAGAGGAAGAUAAUUUGAUUUAACCAGAAAUGUAUUUAAUUGCUCUUUUUUUUAAUCCACCAGCCUCCUUCACUGAAACAAUAACUUUACCCUUACAAAUAUGGGAACUGCUGGUCUACCUCUUUCACUGAUUUGCUCUUAAUUAAUAUAUUAGUAUAAUUCCUUUGCAUUGAGGGUUAUGAGGGGCUCUACUUUUCUAUGAUACAAGAAAAGUCUCAAAGGAGAAAGGUCUAAAAUCCUUGUCUCAGUGCACAGGAGUUGCUGGUCUACCAGGUCUGCUAUUUUAAUAUUCAUUUUUGAUUUUGUGUGCUUGAAAAUCACUAACUGAAUCCAGCAAGCACCAAGUUUUCAAAAUAAUACACACAACAUGACAAAUAUAACAAAAUUAAUGUUAUGGCACACAGGAGUUGCUGGUUUACCUUUGCUUCACGCUGCAAGAUUUCAUUUAUUUAUUUAUUUUGUUGUUGUUGUUUGCAAGAAAAAUUAGGUCCGUCUGGAAAUACUAAGUAAAGUUCAUAAACCAAAAUCACAAAAUAAAUAAACCGAUCUGUCAUAUUAGUUAUGUUUGUUUGUUUGUUCUAUUUGAAACACCAGAGUUAAACCAGGAAAAUCAGCAACUCCUUCCACAUUAGACCAAACUGUUAGAAAAGAGCAGGACUAUUAAAGGACCUGCGUGUGCCUGUUUAUCUCUGACCUCCUUACCUACUUAUGGACCAUCACGACUUGAUCUUAAAAUUGAAUUACAGGAAUCUUUGUCAUUGGCCAGGAUAAAAAGGGAAAAAGUUGUUUUACAAUCAUGAGGAGAAAGAGAGACGUCUAGUUGAAAUCAUGAGGUCUGUUAAAGCUGCAGGAUGAUGGGAUAAAAGAAGUGUUUCAUAUCAAUGUUAAGUGAAACUCUGAAACAUAAAAAGUCCCUGUGGGUGAGGAUGAAAAGUGUCUGUGACUCAGAUCACUGUAUGAAACGCAUAAAUCAGAGGUGGGAAAAGUGGGAGAAGUGGUUGAGGUUUAGGGGUCAGGGUUUCAUUUAAAUCAGGUUUGUGUUGGAUAUUUGAAGAGUAAUGGGGAUUUUCUCACAUUGUUUGGGCUCUCAAGCAGUGUGGAAGUUAAAUGAAGUCAAUUAAAGCUGUAAACUUGUCAGCAUGUGCUACACUUAAAGAGAAAGUGGAUUUCCCCUGAACAUGGAGCUACACAAGGAGUGCCUUCAGUGACCAAAAGUUAUCCACAAAGAAACAGAUCCAGAUUUUUUAUAUCCAUCUCUUCAGCUACCACAGAAAUAAAUCAACCAGGAUCACUUCAGUCCAACAAAAUAAACGUCAUACUAUAAGUCACAGUUGACAGUAUUAAUGUUUGAAGAGCUCCCUGUCCGUCCACAUUCAUGUUUGUAAAGUCUGAGACAGGAAGAGCACACCUAUCCUUUUUACAGAAGCAAGUUCAAAAACCAAGACAGGGAAAGCAGCAGCAAAGACCCCCAGCUACACAACAGAGCAGGCGACAGUGACGAUCCACAUGAAAAUGGUCAGACUGGACACAGCAUAAAAGGAAGAGCUGGGGUGGAGGCAGGGGGAGCAUCAGCCAAGAGCCCAAGAAUAAACAGAGCACAGCAAAAAUCUGUGACUAUCCACAUGACUCUGGUGAAGUCACACAGCAGGAAACAAGGAGGAGCUGAGCUAGAGCAGCAGUAAAGACCACUCGGGUACACAACAGAGCAGGCAUCAUUAGUGAUGAUCCAUCAGACUAAGCCGUAAAAAAGGGGAGUUGGGUUUAUGGCAGGGAGAGCAGCAGCAAACUUUCCCAGUGGACACAACUGAUGAAGCAUCUGAGUCAGACACAGCAUAAAAAAGGAACUGCUAGGCUGGAGGCAGGGACAGCAUCAGCAAAACCAUCAGAGUAUAAAAACAAAGCACUUAUUAAUACGGCAAUGCCAAAGUCAGACACAGCAUUAAUUAACAUCACAGCCAAUCACUGUAGAGACACUGGUUGGUUUUCGUAGUCAGCUGACAGCUUGACUUUACGGCCUGCCUGAAUUUACACUGUGCUAAUUUACUGCAGAUCAAUCAUUAAAAGGCCAUGUCUUUCUGACUGAUCUGAUUGGACUUGUGUUGUUCAUGUAACAUAAGCUCGAGUUACCUGUUGAUCCUAGUCAGAGUUUUUCUCACUUAAACUUUUAUUCUUUUUUGACAGAGUGAAGCUUUUGACAUCUACACCCUCUACUGCAUGAACUACCCAAAGUAAGUACAAUAAAGUUUUAAAAGUCUGGACGUGGAACUGUGUGGACUGAAGUAUUUCCAGGCUUGUCCGCUCAUUGUUUUUAUGUUUUUGGUUUCUGUCGUCCUCCUCGCUUGGUCGUAACCACACUCAGAUGGCAGAAACACAUACAUUCCUGAGUGCAUUCUAGGGCACUUUAAUAAAAAGUUUCAUGAUCUGGUGCAGGACAAACAUCCGCACCUGGACCUUUCAAGACGUCAUGAGAGUGAAGGACAGCACAUUGAAAAUGGAUGAACAAGGCGUCUUGUGGUCUGAUAGUUUAGAUACAAACCAUGUGACCAAAACAUCCCUACGUUCUCAUCUGACUGGUGCAUGUCAGACCCUCCUCUCUCUUUCCACAUUUCCUGUUUGUAUCUGCUUUUAUAUUAAAGGUAAUAAAAGUUAUGAAGUUUCAGAGUUUGUGCUGUUUUCAGUGCAGAUGUGCGUCACCCCCCCCCCCCCCCUUUUGUCUGGAUCUCUUAGUGUGUUUGUAUUUUAUUCUCAGUAGAGUUUCUCUGCUAGUCGAACUCUGAGUCUCCUCUCCAUCAAUCUGACAGACAGAUGUUUGGCCUGACUGGAUCUCUGCCCGGCUCUGUGUGUGUGUUACAUCUGUCUGUAUGUUAACACACUGAAAUCACGACAGAAAUACACAUCCAGAGUGUUUUAUCUACACCCAUACAUGCUUGUAUGUGUCAGUGUACCCGGUCUGUCAGUCUCUAUCCAUAGUGAGGUCGACCCCUUCUUUACCUCGCUCUGCUCGCUGCUGUCGUCUCCUUAAAGCUCCAUUAAACUCCAAUAAAAAUAAGUAGGUCAAAUGCUUUCAGACCACCAAACUAAAAAAAAAACUCUCCAACUCUCAGCGCUGCAUUGCUGCUUCUUCUGCUGGAUCCUGUCAGACUUUACAGAUCCAGACUUUUCUGCUCCUACAUGCUGGUUUCAUUUCAGUAAAAUCACAGCAAAGACGUCUGAGCCAGAAACACAAAAAUCUGUUCUUAUAAAGUCCAAGAACUCUGCAGGGAUGCCUAGCAAGGUUCUGAUGUGAUCCUGGUCUUCACGGCACAGAUUUUCAUUCCUGGACUGUUCUUAACAAUUUCUUGAACACUUGAACAAAUACAAACAGUUAACAGACCAAAUGAACAAAAUCAGGUUUGACAGUCAGUAAUAAAAAGAAAUAAACAGUUAAAUUUGGGAAUAAAUAACAAUCCUGUGUGGGAAACACAACUACCGCUCUCUGUAUCUUUCCUUCAGUGGAUUGAAGAGUUUCUGUCUGCCAAAGAGCGUCAAAGAAACAUGGAUUUUGAAAUUAAAGCAGCUUUUAACCCGUUAAUAUUAGCAUCUCUGUUUGUUUUUGCUUAGGGGGAGACAUCUGCAAAUAAUUCAGCUACCCCCAAACUUCUCCAAGCCCUUCUUUACAUGCUUGCUUCUCCAAAUAAUGAUGACUGAUUCAUAUUUUCAGGCCCAUAAGUAAAAUUGAAUUAAACUGGAAUGCUGUAGAGACUGGGAUAUGUGUGACUGGACUGUAGAUGUUUAAGCUCACCAGUUUAUACGACUAUUUAAUAUGUAAUCCUGAGAAAAACCAAUGCCUUUUACUCUGCGAUCUCCCUUUUUGUCCUCAUCCCCGUCUGGAGUUUUAUUCUGAUGCAGAGAAAAGACUCUUUGAAGUAUUUGUGUUUUCGAACUCAGAGUUGACAUGAAAUGGUCUGUUUGGUUAGUUUAGGCACAAAAACAACUCCGUAAAGUUGAAGGAAAAAACAUCAGAGUUUUCUUCUAAUGACAGGCUGUGUUCACCAAACAAUGCCGACAGAUUUUUUCUGGGUCAUAAAUGGUGGAAUUGAGUUGGUGCAUCGAUGAGAGUGUGUCUUGGCUAAAUCCUGCCUUUGUGCAGAGUCUGUAACUGAGCUAUAUUUCUAUUUUGCCCUGGUAAUGGUAUUUUAGUUGGAUCAUAAUGCAGAUCUAAGAUGCAGUUGAAGGCUACUGUUGACACAGAAGUGAAUGUUGAGGACAAGAGGUGGACAGGUGGCAAGAGGCUGAGUGGUUGAACUCUUUGGUUUGACUCAGGUGGACCCCUGUGUUAGACUGAGGCCUAAUCCUAGUCCAUGCACUUUGACCUUCUGAAAGCAUGCAAACAGAGUUUACACUGAAGUGGAGAUUGCCAAGGAAGGCGAAUUUACAGAUUUUCUGGAUUUUUGAUUUUUAUGAGCUAUAGGCCAGAAAACACAUGAAAACAGGGUGAACCCUCAACGCAGGCUGAGCCGGGGCAGGAGACAUCUUCACGUAUGCACUUUCACCAAAGAAUGCUUUCUUCUCCACAGGUGUCAUAUCUUAGACAGUUUUGGAGGCUGGGGUGGAUGUGUGAGGUGGUGUUUGUUUAGUGUCUGUGUCUAAAGCAUCUGGUCUCCUCUUUGUACUUUUGGAGAAGAUGAAAGUUUUUUGGUUAUUUUAAGACAAAAGAACUCAAGAGACAAGUUUCAGGAGCAUAUUAUCAAGUGGAUUCAGAGGGAUGACUUGUUGUGGACUCUUUGUUUCUGGUUUUAAACCUCAGUCUGCUGAGCUGUCUCUUGACCCAUUUACUACCCUGCUCUUCAAGUAGACUUUAGUGGACUUCAUGCUAAACUCCUUCAAAGUUUGCAUGUUCCUUAAGCAUCCUUUUUCAUGCUCUGGUGUUAUUUCCUUGUUGCAUUAAUGUGAUAACCAGAAGAGAAGACUUUUGUCUCUUCUGGCCUCUUAUCUGCACUCUUCUCCACUCUGAUCCACAGGGUCAGAUAUGAGAUUUGCAGGAUUGCUGGUUCGUGCAGCUCUGCUGGAACACGAGCUGAGACUCUUUGUUAGGUUUGUUAUCGUGCGUAAAAAGAGAAACAAGUUAAUGUCUCCAGGAAUGCAGAACCUGUGCCAUCUGAGGAUGCCAAAAACAGAGUCAAAUGGCUUCUUUUUCUUUCACAACACUUUGUGUCAGUGUAAUGAACCCUGAAACAGGCCGCCGUUAAGAUGACAAUAACAGACGUGGAUCUGAGGAUCUGUGAAGGACUAUCCAGAGGGAGGACUAAGACAGAUGCUGAGCUAAUUUAUGCUGCCGAAGCUGGACUUGGAUUGGUUUGCCGUUUGUAAUGUUGUAAAUUCAUGAGCUGCAGAGACAGGGGGUCUACGGAGGUUAGAGGGAGUUAAAAGCCAAGUUUCUAAAAAGUAGAUAAAUUUUCAGGUCAGGAAACAGAAAUUAAGAGGCCUGAAACCUACUCAUCACUGAAUUUGGAAGACAAAUACGGCACUUUGGACUCAUUUUCACAUUUUUCUGCAUCUCCUUAUUCUGCAUGUAGUUUGUCCCGAUGGUGUUGCUGUACCUGUAUGGUGCAGUGUCUCCACGCUUGAACGUAGAACAAACACAGAGCCAGCGUCACUCUGAUCAGGGAGCUCAUCAGUAUUCGACCUUUGACUGUUUGUCCUUGGAGUCACUUAUUUCCUGUUUUUGUCGAGGUUAUUUUGAAAUUUUGAAGUCCUAUUUUGAAAGUGAUACAUUGAAUGUUAAGAGAAAUUUUCCCCCUCGUCAGAAAUCUGUUAGUACAGAGAAAUACAUCCUCCUCAGAUUACCCACCAUGGGAGCUGGAGGUCAUUAAGAAGGAUUGUGUUUCUCCUGCUUUUGCUCUCCAUACAGACUACAUAGAAAGCCUGCUGACACCUGAUUGGUCAAACUCAACCCCUUCUCAUAUAAAGGUCAGUCCUGCUCAUACACGUCCUACAUUUAUGCACAGGACCUGCCCAUAGCGAUUGCUCGAUCCCUGCUGUUGUGACAAAGUCACAUGCUUCAGAGGCCGAGGUGUGCAACAUGUGCCAUAAGUGCAGCAGUGAAACAGGCAGUCACAGCUUAAAGCAUUAAUGUACCCGAUCAAAGCAUCCUCUGAUUGAUACAUUUUGUAGUUUGCAUGUACUUUUCAAUCAUAGCUGUAUGCCAGAGCAGACUUUGGCUCAGUAAGACCACUAGUUUCUUUACCUCCAAACAGAUGUUUCACUCUGCACUUUGGCCAAAAGCUCUGAAAUCUGAGUAGGAGCAGCAGGGACGACGAGGGAACAUGAGAGUGGACGAGACUUGCUGUGAACAAUAGAAAAAUGUGCAGCACAGCCUCUUUCAGGGUCUUUCAUGUGGUUUUCAUGCCGUCUGAUGGUUUUUUACUCAAAGCUUUGUUGUUCAGCUGAUCCAAAUGGAGGCUACGUGUUGGCCUGUGUCUCAGCCUCUGAAUCAUUGCCCACCUUUCUACUUUGGUCAACAAAGUCUGAUGCGUACAAACAAACAAUUCAAACCAAUUCCGAGCUCUGACUGAGAAUGAGGACAUCAGUGUUCUUCAGCCACAGAGGACUGGAUGGAUUUUAAAGUGCUGUCAUGAUGUCGUGAAAAAUAAAAUGCUGGAAUGUAUGAUAUGCUGAGGAGGGUUAAAGUCAGAGGAAUACCAGGAAUCGACUUUUCUCGCUAAUGCAAACACACUGAGAGGUAGAUGGACAGGGGGAGUGGAGGGUUGAGGAGGUUAAUAGUCUUUGGAGUGGUCAUGCAGGCUGCAGGAGGGUGUCAUGUUUCCUCUGAUUGGUGUAGAUGAAUUCAGGCUCUGGGGAGCAGCUGUAAUUAUCUUCAAUCUGUGAGAAUAUGGAGACCAAGAUGAAAACUAGACUCAAGCUGUUGGAUGAUGACACCCAAUGCUGUAGAGCUUUCCCUGAGCGUAUCAUGUACCGCCUUUAAGACGAUCAGUUUACAGAAUGGGGUGUGUGGAUAAGAAAUGAAUUAAUGAAUCUCCGUGAGUCUGUUUUAUUCUGCUGGAAUGAAACCACAGAGGUGAGUUUGAUCUGCAGGACGUCUGGAUGUCUGACGGUGAUUCGAUGGGAAUCCCUCCAAGCAUAGUUUCGAGGAAUGUCUCCUGUGUAUGUUCUUUAUAUCUGCCAUAUGUUUCAGAUUCUUCAUGCAGAGGUCAGUGUUUAUCUGAAGCUGAAUGUCGUUUCCUUUAGUCUGGUCCUGUCCCAGAUCAGAGUGAGAUUCUUCUGGACUUCUCUCCUGUCUUAGCUGACUGAUGAGAACCUUAUCAUGAGUGGGAUUUUUUUAUACCACCACAUUUGUCUCAGUGCAAAUGUUCUCCCCUCUUACAUUGAAACAUGUGCACCAACUUGUGCACUUGUGAAGGUGAAUAGUCCUGCAGCUCCUGGAGGCUGCAGAGGACUGAACAAUCUUAAAACCUCUUCUCCUUAAAGCCUGUUUGGUGCAGCAACAGAUUUAAGUCCAACUAAAUGGAAAUUUGAAUAAUGCAUUUAAGCCACGAUACAGUAUGUAUCACAGAGGGUUAUAUGGUACAAGAGCAACAUUGGUUUAUUAAAAACGUUCCAAAGUGAUCCAUUUCACAGUAUAUGAGUUCAAACCUGUUUAUCUUUGGGAGUGAAGCUCAAUACCUGGAUGUCCUGGAUAGUGCUGUUGGGGUAAUGAACACCUUCGAUCAGCUUACCGGGUCUUUCUCUGAUUUGUGGAACUUUGUGGAUUUUGAUGAGUUUGCUCCUCAGUUUGACAUGUAAAACCUGCAGACCCGGUCUGAGUGUGUCAGGCUUUGUUUCUGCUGAAACCAUCAGUUCAGUGAUGAGUCUGUAGAAGAUAUUACUGCUGCUCUAAAUUCCUCCACUCUCUCCUGAUUAGUCAUCCCUCCUCUCUACCCCAUCAUUACCUUGACCUCCUUCCUUCCACCCUCCAUUUCCUCCCCUUUUUUUACUCUCCUUCUCCUUUUAGUUGUUCUUCUCUCUUUCUAUCACUCAGUUUGUAUCUGUGGUUCUUUGGCCUCCUGCUGUGAUGAAUGUUGGUGAGUGGAUUGCUGCUGAGGUGUCUCCUCUUCCUCCAUCAUCUCUUCAACACCACCUCCAUCGUUCCUUUUCCUCUGACGUUAACAAUCGACCUAAAACAGCUGAAACGUUUUUCCUCCAUCAUCUUGGAGAUGACUCUCUCCAUGAAAACCUUUACUGUCUUUUCCUUUGCAGCCAUCAAGACAACCACUUCUUCAUCUUCUCUCUGUCUUUGUUGGACUUUUUGAUGAAUGUUUCUAUCCUCUGGACCUCCCUCUGUCUCCUCUGUUGGUCUCUCCCUCUCUUUUAUCCAACCUUUGAUGAAAAAGACACAAACUCCUCAUACUUCCUGACCUCCUUUCUACUCUAUAUGCAAUCUCCCUCCCAUUUGUUCACUCAUUCCCUCCUCCAUCCAUCUUUUCCUCAAUCAUGUCUUCACCCCUUUUGUCUCUACUUUUCUAUCUUCUUCUGACUCCCUCUGCCUCCUUGCUGUAAUAAAUCCUCAUCAGAGACGCCGACAGCUGGUCUCUCCCUAUUGGUUGAUGCUCCUAAUCUCACUUGGAUGUCGUUUUUUCUUUCCUGCAGAUUUCUUGAAGCCUCUUGGAGGUUCUGGUUAUGUUUAUCGAGCUCUCACUCUUUAUCCGAUGAGACAAGACACCAAAAAAAACCCUCAGAAAUAACUUAAUUUACAGCAGAUCUUGACUGCCACAAACACUCAUCCAUUAUAAAUCUUCAGGAUUCUUCAAGUUUGGUGUCUCUGUGGUGGACGUUCAAGCAUUAUUUUGGUGUUCAGAUGAAAUCAGAAUUACUAGUCAAGACAGACAAGAACUUCCACAAACUUUGCUGUCUGGAAAUGUCUCAGAAAUCACAGAGAAUGUGGACUCCUGGGUACUGCGCACAUUGAAUUUCACAACAAGGCAUUAAAAAGUCUCCUUUUAAAAAAAUACUGCUGACAGAUACUGAGAGUCAAUCCAGUUGAUUGGGCUUUGUUGGACAGAUUUUGAAACCUUUCUUUUUAAUCUUGUUUUAAAAAGCCCUCUCUCUCUCUUUCUCUCUCUCCACAGUUCGGUGGCCGUGCUAAGGGACUGCAUGAAAAACAAAACGCUGGUUUGUUUCUUCCAGGAGAGGCAAACGACCCUGAACCACUCCUUACCUCUGGAGACAUACCUGCUCAAACCGGUGCAGAGGAUCCUCAAAUAUCACCUGCUACUACAGGUGAAAUAUCCAUGUUUUCACUGCUUCACUAGUUUUGUCAUGUUUAAAAGACUUACUCAUACAUACAUGUAGUGCCUCUCAUGUACCCUAUUAAUGCAGGUGACCCCCUAAAUAACACAAUCAUUGUUCCAAAACAAUUGGUACCCUGUGUAAAAUGUUGAUAAAAACACAUUUUGUUGGUUUGCAAAUCAUUUAAAGUGAAUGUGUAAUGGGAAGUUGUACAAAGACAACAUGGGAAAUCUGAUGUCAAACUUGACACCAUUUUCAAAAAAAGUUACAACAUGAGCAACCAAAUAGGUAAAAAGUCCUAUCAUGUUAAAAAAGACAGGUGGAGGAACAUCUUUCAACAUCUAAAGUUAAUUUAAACAGGUGAGUGAAGAGGUUUACCACUCUGUGAGAGACUGCGUGAGAUAAUAGUUGAACAGUUUCAGAAUAAUGUUCCUGUUUCAGAAUAAUAGGGCUCUAUUUUUGUGCCUCGCCAGAGACGUGGUGCAUGCGCGGCGUAAGUCAGGUCCGCAGCAUAUUAUUUUGGUGAGCAGCGCAGCCCGGUGUAAGUAUCCCCCCUCGCUAACUCAGCUCCUCAUAGUGAGGGAGGAGAGAGGGCAGGGAGUGGGUUUAACACAACCGGGACCUGUAUUGACCAAUAACAUCAGCUCCUCUCCUCGCCUUUAAAUCCGCCACCGGUGUGGCGUAUUACUAUUUUUGUGAAGUAGUCAAAGAGAUCAAGAGAUGUCUGAAGACAGCAAUGCCACAUGAUGGCGACAGAAGGCAGCUCCUCAACAAGUGUCACUGUAAACGCUGCAGGGAGCGUCCUUCACACUCUCUCAUAUGAGCACAGAUGGAUUUGGUGUGUAAUGUUGGACCCACUAGUAAGACAAACACCCUUUUCCACAAAUAAAGACUCACAUAAAGUUGCAUAUAUUCAAACCUCACGUGACAAAGGUGGAUUGUGCGCAGAGAUCACAUCAUAAAUUCCAAAAAUGGCAUUAAAACUGGAACCAUCUAUGUGUAAUGAUGCAUCGCGCUCCGUGGCCUGGCUCUUUCUGUCAUAGAUGUUGGCAUAUAAAUAAAUUUGGCUCACAAAACUGAAUAUUAUAAUAUUCGUAUGUUGGCUUAAAGUAAAUAACUCAUCUGAGCACUGAAACAAGUCAUCUGUUUAGCCGCAGCAGCAGCAGCUGCAGCAGGACCAAGAGAGGACACAGAAACAUGUCCAGGUCGAGCUGUGUGAGAAAUAAGAGGAAGAGGAAGAAAGAAAAGGAGGGAGACGAAUUACGUAUCUAGUUAACUUCAUCAUGUGUGUUUAUUUACUAGAUAUUUAAUUUAAUUUAAUUUAAUGCGGUUUCAGCUGUGUUGAUUCGGUCAGGUUGUGUGUCCAAACGCGUGUCAAAUGCACUCAUCAGAUCAGAUAUAGAUCAGAAUAUAUCGAUAUAGAUCUAAAUGUAUGUGCUGACUCAGAUUAUUAGUUGUUGAUGAUUAUUUAUUGCACUGAAAUGUGCCUGACACUGUGGAAAGCUGCUGGUGAGGCAUCAGUGACGUAUGCCGAUACGCCACAGGUCUACCAAAAUACCACUAGACCAGCUGCGCCUCGCCUGCGCUGAAAGCUGACCAGGUUUGAAUCGGUGAGUUUUCAGCGCACUUUAUACACCACCGGCGAGCACGAAAUGUCACUGCGGCAGCUGAUUCUGUCGACACCUCCCUCUGCCCAGCCACCACGCCCAGCUUGGCGGACCUCGGUGUGCCUCAGUCCACGAAAAUACCAAACUGGCUGUACUGGCUGUACGGCGGGCUCCGCCAGACAAAAAUACCACUGUGCGCGGUCCGCCUCACCGGCGGACACGAAAAUAGAGUCCUGAGUGUCAAAUGUGAAAGAAUGAGUGGAUUUCAUCGUAAACAGAAUAUAAUAUCAUUAAAAGAUUCAGAGAAUCUGGAGAUAUCUCUGUACUAAAGGGACAAGGACCAAAACCAAGACUGGAUGGACCGGAUCUUCAGACCCUCAGCCAGCACUGCAUUAAAAACAGACAGGACUCUUAAGUAGAAAUCACUGCAUGCACUCAAAGUCACAUCCACAAACCAUCCUCCUUCAUAUUUUAGCAAGACAAUGACAAACCACAUUCUGGGCUUACAAAAGCAUGGCUCUGUAGGAGAAGAAUCCUGCUGAUAAACUGGCCUGAUGCAGUCUGCUCUGUUCAGCAGCUGAAGUAUUUUAAUAAUCUAUAUUAUUUUUCUUUGGAACUACACAAAUACCUUCUGCUUCAUCAGCAGCAGCUCAGACCCUUGAUGCAGUCCUCCAAAAACAGCAAACAUGGUGUGAAUUAUGUUUGUUUUGGAGAUUCAGUCCAAACUUGAACCUGAUGUCUUUGACCCUCCAUGUUUAAGUAAAAUUUUAUGUUGUGUUUAAAAUCAUCAGCUCUUAAAGGAUUCAUUGAGGCUCAGAGAUGUCCCAGAGGAAGUUGAUGGAUCUUUAUAAAGCUUUUGUUUCCAGGCAACCCGACUGUUUCCUGCCAGUAAACAGAGUUUUUGGCUGAAAUUACAGCAAUAAUAAAGCUCUUCCUGCUCUCAGUGAGCGAGAAACAUGGAGUGUGGACCGAGUACAGCUGAGGACACAGACCCCCUCUGUGUGACACCUUUUUGAGUUAAUAGAUGGACGGCUGCCGUGUGUGUCGCAUGUGUGCACGCUGAUGUUUGUCAUCGCAGAUCACAUCUGCAGGCUUUAACACAGCCAGUAGAGGAGGGUAGAGCCUGACAUCAUUGUUUCAAAUGAGGUCCCUUAAAGAGAGUCAGAUUCUGGGUCAGUGUUGAUUUAAAGGCAUUUGUGUAACGCUCUCCCUGAGCACGACAAGAAUUAAUUCCAGCACAAAAUGCUCUAAACAUGCACACUUGGACGCGUAGCUGGUGAACCAUAAAUCUUUAUUACAUCCUGCUGACACUUUUGUGCAAAGCCAUGCAAGAUUAAAAAAAAAGACAGACACCAUCAUGAAAAGGAGGAAGAAAUACACGGAUGUACAGCUGAGACAAACCAGUCAGAGUCUGAACCCAAAUAUCUGCAGACACUCAGAGAUGCUGCUUCAUCCAGACAUCAUGAAAGACAUACAAACACACGUGUGCACACACACAUGCACACACACACACACACACACACACACACACACACACACACACACACACACACACGUCUGAAGAUAGGAACAAUAUGCUCUUACACGCUCUUGAACAAGAGCUCACACACAUGCAGCUUUUCCCAAUAAACUUGUCGGGAAUCUUCACUGGUCCCAGUCCAAGCCCACCUCUGAGAGAAGGAGGAUGAUGAAACAGAGAGACACACACAGACACAGACACACACACACACACACACACAGACACACACACACACACACUCCUCUGCUCUUUGUUCUCCGGUGUUUGCUCUGUAUUAUUUCGUGGCUCUCUGUCUGCAGUGGACAGUUUGAACUCUGGUCAAACAUGUGUUUGUAACUGUGCGGGGUUUUCCCAUCAUCCUCAGCUGCUGCUGGUUCAGUUUCUGCUGUGUCAGGUGGUUUAGACGGAGGAUUUCUGCUCAUGAGUUCUUCUUUUAGUGACCACAUGAAGAAAAAUCUAGAUUACUGUUAUAGCUAUCCUGUUCAGUAUAGUGCUUAAUUAGGUAAUGAUUGUAUCUAAUGGGAGAAAGCAGUGACCCCCAGAGCUGGAAUAUGAAGACAAAGUGGAAGUUUAAAAACUGCAGUUCUUCUGCUGUCCACUAGAGGGGCUGGCUCCUAGAGCUCCAAAAUUGCGAGGUUUGUUCAAUAACACAAAAGCAGGUAAAAACUAGGGAAGCAACAAAGGAGAAGGGUUUAACUCUGAUGUGUUUUUUGUCAAGAUUUUUUUCACAAUGGUUUUUUGUGGUUGGGUUUUUUUUUUGUCACAGUUUCUCCGUUUUUAGACUGUUUUUUUUUUUUUUUCUCCAAGUUUUUGUUUGUCAAGAUUUGGGAUUUUUGUCUCAGUUUUUGUUGAGUUUUAAGUGUUUUUUGUUUGUCCUUUCUUUUUUGGUCCGUUUUUGUUUUUUGUCAUGGUUCUUUUUUUGUAAUGGUUUUUGUAGGUAUCAGUGUUUUGUCAUGGUUUUGUUAUUUUCGUUGCACAUUAUGGUCAUAGUUUUAAUUUUGUUGUAACUGUUUUUUGUCACUUUUUUAAUCACAGUUUUUUUCUCAUGGGUUUGGACAUUUUCUUUAUUUUUUGGCUUUUUUUUUUCCUGUUUUGGUUAGUUUUUUGUGCUUUAUUGUCAAGGAUUCAGUUUGUAUCAUAGUUAUUCUUUUUUUUGUCAUGGUAUUUGUCCUGUCACAGAUAUCUUUGUCAUGUAUCAAACCUGCAGCAAUUGGAUGUUCACUUCAGGGAGACUUUCGUAAUACCAGCAACUAUAUAGAGCCUGGUGUAUUUUUUUUGUAAAUCUGUUCAUCAUGUAGACUCAAAAUAUGCAGACGUCAGGCCCUGGAUUAAAAGUUCAUGAACCUCCUCAUGACACCCCACAAAGACGAACUUUUAUUAACAGUGAAAUAUUUGUCUCUUUCCAGGAACUUUUGAAGCACUUUGACAAGAGCGAUCCAGGGUAUGAGGUUGUGGAGGACGCCAUCAUCACCAUGACUGCAGUGGCCUGGUACAUCAAUGACAUGAAGAGGAAACAGGAACAUGCAGUGCGACUCCAGGUGAAUGCACACAGAGUCACAUCCUCAUUUUGACCUUUAAAAUAUUUAACACAAGUUCAGAGUGUUUAACUGAGUAAAUCCAAAACCAAGGUGGUCUGAAGGUCUGAUUCAGUUCAGAAGAUUUUAGGAUGAUCAUUUUCUCUGAAGGAGAAAAAAAGUGUGAGCCUCUUCACAGCUCCAGAGUAAACAGCAGAUUUUAUUCUGAAUCUGUUUUUUUUUUCUGCCCAAAGAAAAAGUUUAUUUGGCUUCAGUCCACUAAAACUGAGCUGCCUCUCCACUUCUCUCUGAGCCUGGAGCAGCUUUUCCUCCUCCACUGUGUUCAGAGACAGACGGGCGGCUGGAGGUCGGCCGCUCGACCUUUAGGUGUCAAACUCUACAACUUCUGCAUACCUCGACUUCCCCGACACGUGUUCACAUCAUUACACACUCAGGAAACUGUUAUUAACUUGUUCCAGCACAUAUGUUCAGCAGCCAUGACCGUGUGUGUGUUUGUGUGUGUCCAUACUCCAGCUGAGGCUUAACACCUUUCCUGUCAUUCCUCUGUCAGCUCUGUAACCUCAGUGACUGUUUUUCUUUCAUGAUUUUUAAACUGUUUCCAAACUUCUGAUUUCAUUUCUGCAAAACUUCACAAAAUAAAGUUGGAAUCAUUUUGUUGGGACUAUGAUGUCGAUCACACGUGCACACCUUACGCUCUGGUUGUAUAUCAAUCUGCCAGUAUGAGAGUCACCUUUUUACUGUCUGUCUGGGGUAGAGGUCUGAGCUUGGUGAGGUUUCCUCCCUAAUGACUGAUCUGAGUAGUUUUGUAUUUAUGCACAUUACUGAACAGCUGUAGUGUGGAUACAUCAAACUGCUGUUACUUGAAAUAAGUCUGUCUAUCCGUGUUGCUCUCUCUUCCAGCUGGUCGGUCAGGGUCAAAUGUCGCCUUCACAGCUGUUGUUCAGCAGAGGUCCCGACUCAUUAACAAGCUGAACAGAGAAAUCCUGGUCCUGAUCUUUGGGGAUAUUUUAGCUGACCCCACUUUCAUAAGUUUAAACUCAAACCCCCUUGAGGUCUCAGCAUUAGGAAGUGCACAGGUGUUGACCUUUGACCUUUCAGCAGCUGGAAGCAAAGGUGAAAUGUUCACUCUCGGUCAGAUGCAGAAGAGUUAGAAAAUUUAAAGGGACCAUUUUCCUUUCUGUGACUCCCUUUGAGGUGUUAUUUAGAACUUUCAUGUGAAAUUGAAGGAGUUUUCUGCUCAUUCAGAGUAAUAAAAGCAUCUCUUACUUUGGAGAUAAACAAUGUUUAAAGUAAAAUAAUCUGAACUUUAUAAAAGCUCUCUGCAUUCGUACAUUUUAUUAACUUAUUUUCCUGUUUAAAUGAAUUAGUUUCCACCUAGAACCAAUUAAUUUUCCAUUAUAACAGAUCAAUUCUCUAAGAUAGAAAAAGCUUGUUUUCUUGUAUUAAUUUUUGAGUAAUUUUAUCCUCUGACCUGCCCUUAACAGGAGAUUGAGUCCCUGCUGGUGAACUGGACCGGGCCAGACCUCAGUGGGUUUGGAGAGCUGGUUCUGGAAGGUUCCUUUAGAGUCCACAGGGUGAAGAAGGAGAGAGCGUUUUUCCUGUUUGAUAAGAUGCUGCUGAUCGCCAAGAAGAGGCUGGAGCAGUUCGUCUACAGCACGCACAUAUUCGUACGUACACAGAGUUUCUUUGUCUCUUUACGUUGUCUGGGUUUCUAUUCCUGUUAACCAAAUAUCACCUGAACAGAGAUCUCAGUGCACUUUGAGGCUUUGCUAACACCUGUGAAAUAAGCAUACAAGUGCAGCUAAUCAGACUGAUUGCAUUGGGAACCUGCAUCACAAAAACCAGCAGAGCUUUAUUUGGGAGUGUUUCUCAGGGGAGCAUGUUGUGAUAUACCAUCCCAGUAAACAGUAGCUUUAUAAAUACAGGAGCUUCUUGAAACUAAGGCUAAAACCAAACUGGAAAUGCAAUGCAUUGCAAAUGCUGUUGCAUGAACUGGGGAACCCGGUUUGCAUCUUUCAGGAGUUCCAGUUUGGUAACUUUUUCUGUCAAAUGAGUUAACAAAAUAAUGCCAGAAUACCUGUAUUGACACGGCUUGGACAUUUUGCACAUCAACCUGUCAUCAACUCUCCACAAAUCAUCUCUGAUGUAUUUUUUAGAGGAGUUAGCCAGUCAUCAUUGUUUCUCCUCACUCACACUGGAAUAUGCUUACAUUCCCUGGUGAUGGGCACAGCAGUUCUUUUAGAUGUACUGAACCACUAGAAUCAGUUCACUAAAAAGAUUCGUUCAAAAGAUUUGUUCACCAGGAGACCAGGAGAUAAUGUGUUGAGGCUGUGUUGCUUUGACAAACAGGUUUGUGAAAAUGAACUCGUUUAUAAAUAAUGAUGUUUUAAGUGUACGGUUCAAUGGUAUGCUAUUUAUCUGGUCUACUUGGUAAAUUGGGCUCAGUGAGUGAUUUGUUCACUGAACGUUUACCCCACAGUACAUUCAGUGAAGGAUUCACAUUGAAUGUGCACCGUUCCCUUGCAAAUCGCCGCAAUGAUAGGAUCAGACAGUCACGCAUUUCUCAAACUGCACGUUUUAUACACCACUUGUUACAUGCUGUGUCCUACUGUGUGCAAGUUGUUGUAGUGUCAAUUUAGCAGAGUUAGAAAAUACCUAUUUUCCUCUGUCAUUCCUGUCAAGAGCUUGCUACAGCUGGUGAGCCUCACUCUCUUCUCAUUACUGCUAUUAAAACAACAGUGAACAACUGUCGCCAUGAAAGUGUAUCCCUCAGACAAAAAUGAUUCAAGAGAGUGUAGUUCACUGCGUGAUUCAUUCACCAGGUGAUUCAGGCUUCAGAGCGUGCAGUCCCUUGCUUGCCGGCUGCUUGCCUAGCAAUGCUACGUGCUAUGGCAGCUGUGCUGCUGGCAGCGCAACUGAAGUGAGAAACAAACAAAUCACUUAAAGACAGUGACUUGUUUAGUAAAUUCACUUAAAAGACUUGGUUAUUUUGAACAAACCUUUUGCGAACAACACACUAAUAUUUCCCUAAUGCUUGUAUCUCUGCUGCAGUGCUGUAAUCUUCUACUGAUCGAGACCCUGAAGGAUCCUCUGUGCUUCAAAGUGUCCGAUCAGACUAUCCCCAAACAGCAGCAUGUUGUCCAGGUGAGUCCUCGAGCACAGGUGGACCGACACACCUGAAACUCCAGAAUCAGUUUGGAGGUUUUUUGUUUGGAUGUAUACCUUCAUGUGACUCUGUUCAAACUUGUUUUAUUUCUGCAGACAAAGAACCAGGAGGAGAAGAGACUGUGGGUGCACUACCUCAAGAGACUGAUUGUAGAAAACCAUCCGGCCUCUCUCCCACAGAAGGUAAGGAAGGAAAGAGGUAACAAGGGAGAAAGACAAGGAAAGAGAAAACAAAGAGGAGUUUCUGCUCUUUUUUUUUAUAAAUUACAUUUUCACAUGAAACUGAUGCACAACCCUGUACCAAAAAAGCUGAAUGUUGAAUGUGAUGCCAACAGGACUCUUCUACUACAGAGCUAUACUGUUGUAAUAACUGGAUUAUCAUAGUGGUCCCAGUAUAAGCUGCAGCAGCAGGAGGAGAGAUGCAGCUGCUGUCACUGUAGUUAAUAGUUUGGCUAUGUAAGGUUUUCCUGUUGGUCUCUGCUGCCCUCUGCUGGUCAUUCUACUAACCCUUUUUAAAAGUGCAUCAGAGGGAAAAGCUGCACCCUUUUCAGUGUGAGCUGCUACUCUAUUGGGAGAAAACACAUCAACAAAGCCUGACAUAGGCUUUCCAUAAGGUUUAUUGUGUGUUACAGUGUUUUGAAUAUUUAUUCAUCAUUGGUAAUAAAAUAUCAAGAAGUAAAACUCUCAUCUUCAGAAGUAUUCAUUUCCUGAACUGCUGCAUGCACAGAGUAGUUUUUCUCUGUUUAGUCAUCGCAGAUCACAUCUGCAGGCUUUAACACAGCCAGUAGAGGAGGGUAGAGCCUGACAUCAUUGUUUCAAAUGAGGUCCCCUAAAGAGAGUCAGAUUCUGGGUCAGUGUUGAUUUAAAAGCAUUUGUGUAACGCUCUCCCUGAGCACGACAAGAAUUAAUUCCAGCACAAACAGCUCUAAACAUGCACACUUGGACGCGUAGCUGGUGAACCGUAAAUCUUUAUUGCAUCCUGCUGACACUUUUGUGCAAAGCCAUGCAAGAUAAAAAAAAGACAGACACCAUCAUGAAAAGGAGGAAGAAAUACACGGAUGUACAGCUGAGACAAAUCAGUCAGAGUCUGAACCCAAAUAUCUGCAGACACUCAGAGAUGCUGCUUCAUCCAGACAUCAUGAAAGACAUACAAACACGGAAGUACUCAUUUCCUGAACUGCUGCAUGCACGGAGUAGUUUUUUGAGUGUUUUUCUUUGUCACACAAACAUGGUGUCUGAUCUAAAGUGCACAGCCAUGCAGCUGUAGUCCAGACACUCAUUUAUUCUGUCCGGUGAAGGUCUGAUAGCCUUAAAGAAAAGGUCUUGAUCCUUUUUCCUCGGAGCCUGUUCAGGACCUGAAGAAGAAAAAAAGAUCCAUUAGUUACUAUAGCAGAAUCACAGCUGGUGGCCCAAACACUUGAGACAGGAAGCUCACUAAAUAUUUUAAAAUAGGCCAAGGGUUACAAACAACCAGACUUUCCUUUAAUUCAACAUUUUAUUUUAGCAGCCAUGAGGACAAACUCUGAGUAUUUUAACAUUUUUCAGUUGAGAAACUUCAGGUUGAAAGAAAGUUUCUUCUGUCUGCAAAGUACCGUUUACUCUGAUUUAUCAGUUUUAUUUGAAGCCAAACGUAUUUUGUAAAGGGGUCAUUAAUCUUCCAGCUCUUAUCAGGCCCUCUUUAAGUUUAAAUGAUGCAGGCGGAGGAGAUUUCACAAUCGUUCACUGAGCUGAGUUUGCUUUUUUCCAGGCGAGGCAGGUCCUGGGAGACAACUUCUGUCAGUGUGAGUUUAAACACACAUGCACACACGGCAUUUUUGUUUGCCUUUAGCGCACUUUAUUGUUCAUUAUGCCAGAUCCAUAAGGAAUAAUUCAGCCACUUAUUCAAGAGUGAAACUGUCUGCAUAUCUGCUUCACAUUUAACAUCAUUUCCUGUAUUGCAGCUCCCCAGUUCGACCAGGAACACCUGAAGAAGUUGUCUAUGUCGUCGAGAAUUGAUGACAUCCACGGAUAUCACAGAGGCAGACGUCAGUCAGGUCAGGGUCAGUCUUCCUCCUUCUCCUACUGCAGAAAAUCAAAAUAAAAGCUGCAUGUUGUUCAUCAUUUAGUUGCUCUCGAACAUGCAGUAUUUCUAUACUUUACUCUCUGCAAAUUAAAACCUGUCAGGAAAUCUCUGCCACCACGUGAUCUGUCUUCUUCCUCUGUGCCAUAGGGCUCUAUUGUCAAAAGUUUUAAUAGUCACUAAGAUCAGAACUGCAUUGAGUUAGAGCUAAAACCUACAAGCAAAGCAGACAAGCAAAGCAGGUUCAGUUAAUGAGAAAAACACAGAGAGCUUUACCCAGGAGUGAGGGGUCAGAGAUACAUCCUCAGGUCGGCAUGUUGCACUAUCAAGGUGAACAACAGUCACAUUCAUUCAGAAUGAAAAAGAGAGAGGAACUAAACUGGAACUCCUGCAUGACGUUGCUUUAUCCAGGAAUCCCUGAAUGUGUGUGAGUUAUCGCAGUUAAUUCGAGGCCAAAAAGUAAAUUUUUGAAGCAUUUAUCAGCAACAAAGUGUUUCAUACAAGACAUGAAAGAAAUCAUUACAGAGGCAAGAAGAACAAACUGAAAUACAAAGCAUUGAAAAAAAAAAAAAAAGUGACAUUUAAAGUAAUUAAAACAGCCACAAAAAUCACAGUCAGAAAUAACUGUGGGAAUUACUGCACACUUUAUUGACACUGAUUUGACAAAUAUAGAAUAAAGUUUUUGACAAAAUAAAAAGCCCUGGUUUCAGACCACACUGGUGCAGAGGAACGGGUUUUAUUAAUAUCACCAAACAGAAGUCAGGAGUUCAUUUAAAGUACUUCAUUUGAAGAGGCUUAUAAAACUGACUGUACAUUUGAGAAACAGCGGAUCGAUCAGUUUGACCUGCAACAGUAUCUACCCAACCGAUUAUAAAGAGGAUAGAGCUAAAUUCCAACAACCCUUGUAUCACAUUUGGAGUAUGAGGUAGUGGAGCACUACUGCGAUCUCCUGUGGUGAAACAAAUGUAUUACAAUGAAUGAAAACUGAUUAAAUACUAAGAAUUUCUGACAAACUGCUGUUUUCUACAUGUUUUUUCACUUUUCCUCCUGUUUCUACAUGUAAUGGAAAGAGACCUUUUCACAUAUAAAUAGAUGAGAAAUUUUAAGGAAUAUAACUUUUUCAUCAUAAACACAAAAGAUAAUCAGUUAGCUCAUCUAUUAUCACUUUCAGAGUCAGAGCACACUUUCUUCUUUGUGUUUUUUAUUUUUUUUAAAUAACUUAUUCUCUCUCUUUUUGCACCUAUUGUCCCUCCAGAGCCUCCAGAGCUGCUCAUGUACACGCCUGAGAAGUCCAGAAAGAGUCUCCCUCUGCUGCUGGAGGGAAACCUGCCGUACAGACGCACCAGGAGACAAUCAGGUACUCAGACACCCAUUAGUACAAGCAUGACCACUAAUAAUCUGGAUUGACACAGCAUUUAAAGGCACAGUACAUCAACUACAUACAGCCCAUUUGCAUUACUCAAACCAGCUGUUUCUCGGGUUUAUUUAUCCUGUAGUUCCCCACGUUUACUUAAAAGUCAUGAUAUUUUGUGAGGGAGAAAGUUGUUAAGGUUGCCCGUGAAACAACUGAAACUGAUUUUCUAGAUCUGAGACCUCAACCCUGAAGUUUCUGUCUUUUCUGGGAUGACCAAUUGAGUAAAAACCUGAAUAUUUUAGUACUGCAGCUGUUUUCAGAGGCAAAAUGCUGUGAGUAGAUUGAUUGAAGUUUCUGUUUGUUUUUCAGCUCCAGCUAAAGACAUCGAAGCAGCAUUUCAUCCAAACGGUGAGACCUUUUCUUUAAUCUUCACAUUCAGGCACAUGUUUACAAGAGUGAGGCUUCAGUUUAAAUACUGGAGAAGCAAUCUCUUAAAGUUACUUAAGUGUCUUUAAAGGUCGAAAAAAAAAAGAGAAAUAUCAUUCUCCUGGAUUCAUGAUGAUACUGAAAGACAGAGCAAAGCAGCAAAGUUGAAAAGAAACAAAUUCAAAAAGGAAGAAAAACAUCAGACUGGUUGGUGUUUUAAAUAUGCUCCAAAAUUUCAAAACUGAUUUUAUGUUGCAUUUGAUUUAAAGUCUCCAAAAUCACUUCAGCCUCUUUAGUAACAAGAACUAAGGCUCAACGAUGGAGACUGAUAAUUAUAAACAAAACCAAAAGGUUCAAAAUGUUCAAAAAUAAUUGAAAACAAAACAAAACAAAACAACAAUAACAAAGGAGUCAAAAGAGACUGGAGGCUGCGGCCAAAAUGAUCAAAAGUUGAAAAGGUGCAGGACCAGCUGUGUAUUUGACCUGAACCAUUACCCUGAACCAAGAGACAAAAACCAACCAGAGUAAGUAAAGCAGCAAAUCUGAGCUACUGUCUCCUGCUUAAACUAAAGCAGCUAAAACCGAAACAACAACAAAAACAUGUCUUCAGAAAGACUCUGCAGUUUAUCAGGAUAAAACUUAAACUUCACAGCAUCCCCACACUUCUACUCUACCCACUCCACUCCCACUGGCAAUUUAUAGCUAACAAUAGUCCCUCAGGGUAUUCCCUAGAGUGAAGGUAAAGACUGAAAGGACUGCAGGAUCAAUGUUAAUAUCUUUGUCUCAACUAAGACCUGCACAUGAAGUCAAAACAGACAUCAACGCAUGCACAGAGAAAACGUGCUCACUCCAACAGAGAGGCAGGAAGGCUGCAGCUGGGUUUCAAACCAUGAACUGUCCUACUCAUAGGCAGCAGCACUAUCUGCUUAACCACUGUGCAGCCCUGCAUGAAGUCAAUUUGUCUCAUGAGACUUGACUUGGAAUGAGACUUGACUUGAUUUAUUCAUCAAAAUGGACUGCCAGGAGGAUGUGAAUAUGCUGGAGUUAGUCAUACUGAUAAUUCACAGACUUUAACAGUGCAGUAAUUGAUUAAAACAGGUUUGUCAUUAGGAAAAUUGGUUGUUAAUUGACUAAGGUGAUGUUAUUAAACACAAAUUACAACUUAAAAUUAUUAACUUUAUGACUGCUGUUGCCUCUGGGCUCUGUAGAUGAUGUCUGAUCUAUUGAUUUACAACAUGUUAACACAGGUUUUGGCUGGGUGCAGCAGAACUGGCUGCAGCUGUGACAACGUAGAUUCCAAAAACAGGGCUGCUGUUUGUGUUGAAACUGAAAGAGUUGUUGUUUUGCUGUGAAUGCCAAGUGUUUGUCAAAUAAUGUUAACCUCUUAAUGACUGAGCUGUCUCUCUGUCUCUCUCUUUUCCCUUCUACAUCUAUGGUUUCCUCUGCCUGGGUAAUCCUACAGCUCUGAAGGUAAGAAAGCACCUGCAGGCUUCACUGACUGUGAAAGACAAUUACACACUGGUGGAAUUUUAUGUUCACACACACACAAACCACAACUUCUGUUUACAGUCAUGGAUAAGUGGAGAGAAACAGGGGCACUGUUUUAAAACAAAAAGGACAGAAAAAUAAAGCUUCAGAUUAUAGAGCAGCCUAAAAGUUGACAUGGUUAGAGUUAGGGUAACACUGCAAUAAAAAUGAGACAGAACAUAUAACAAAAAACAUCCAACUAUACUUCCCAUUGACUAAAUAACAAGAUAGUUUUAAGUUUAGAAUAGAAUAGAGUUAAAUUUAACUUAGAGGAAUCAAAUUGAAAAAAGGAUAAGAGACUGGAAACAGUAGCAUAAAAUGAAACAAAAUAUUAUAUAGUAAGGAGUGAAAAAAAACAGAAUAGAAUAGAAUGCUUUUGUUGUUGAUGCAUGUUUAUAGAAGUUAUAUGUGCUUUUCUGAAAAAGUAAAAAAAGAGUAAAAAACUGGAAAAUAAAGAGUACCAUUCCAAUUAUAGGAAAAUGAAGUAGUGUGUAGUACAUUCUUAAGUUCCUUCAUCUGAUAUACAUUUUCACGGCUAAAGUUCCCAUAAGGCAGAGUAGGUAAAAUAGGAAUGUAAUAAUCGGCAUAUUACUCAGAAUAGCAUAUUUUAGGAUCUUUGUUACAGUAUUUAACUGUACUUUGAUACAUUACUGUUCAUCACUUAUUUGUUGUGUCUGAUUAAGGUGUAGCUAAUUGUAGAUCAGUUGUUUAAAUGUAAUUUUUAUUCAUAUACUGACAGGUGGGGAGAGAAUUCCCCUGACAGUUAGAUAUUGACUCGAUUAUCAUCUUCCAUCAUCACUGUUUACCUAAAAAGUACCUUCUAGUGAGAUUGAAGAUUUUCCAAAUUCAUUUAAGCCAAUAGUUUUUUUUUUCUUAUCUACUCUACUAAGUUAAAAUUUGUGUAUGUUAUGAUGCUCUGUAAAGCAGAUGCCACUGUGUUGUUUACUCUUGUGUGUUUUACUCUAAAGAAAGCAGCGCACUGUCAUCUACACUCGACAUGUCUAUACAAAACAGGAUGGGACAGUGCACAUUGAUAUUCACUACCAAAAUAAAAGCUUACUCAAGCAGACAACAUGCCGCAGAUGAGCUGCAUGUGUCUGAUUAAAGUGUGCUCACUGAAAGUUCUUGUUUUUGUCUAUUCUAUUGGCAUUCUCAGAUUUGUAUUCGAAGUGUCUGAUAACAUUACAGAUAGGACCCCUGCAGUGAGAGAGAGCUCAUAAAAGGUGUUCUGACUUUAUAUUAAUUUAAGUGUUGGCAAGGAACUGUGUUGGUGAUGUUUGCCACAUUUGCAGAUCAGAUGAAAUAAAAAACACUAUUUAAAAAUGGCUCUCAUUGUUGGUAUGAUGCUCUUACUCCAGCAAGCCGGUAGUGAAGGUGAGCUGUGCGAGGCAGAGAGUUUGUGCUCAGCAGGCAGCAGCAGCACCCUCGCAUCAUCUGUGAUUGAGGUGGAAGCUGAGAAGACUGAACUAGGACUGAUGCCACAGCAGCAUCCAAACCAGGAGGAAGAGGUACUUAAUUCUGAUAUAUCAGAUCUCAUUGUAUGGUAUCAAACUCUGUCAUAUCAUCAAAUUAAAUCAUAUUGUAUGAUAUUUAACCAUAUCAAUUAUCAUAUUGAAUUGUACCAUAAUUGUAUCAUUUAGCAUUAUAUCACAUUGGAUCAUAUUGCAUUGUAAGGUAUUACAUCUGAAAGGCAUUUUUGGGCUUUGAUACUAUAGUUUUGAGGAGAAUGGGACACUAGAUAAAGCAGGAAAGUGGGAAAGAGAUUGAAGAGUGAAAUGCAAGCCAGAACCAAAUUUAGCCUUCCACUUGAGGACAUAGCCUCUGUGCAUGGGACCCAUGUUUAAACUGCUACAUGUUGUAAUUUUCUGUUUGGUAUCAUAUUGUCACAUAUUUUGUAUCCUACCCUAUCCUUACCUGUCUUAUCCUAUCUAAGCCCAUCCUUUCCUGUCUAAUCCUAUUGCAUUGUAUAACAUCUUAAUCCAGCCCAUUCUAAGGCUCAAAAAGCUACAAAAUAACCGUCAAAAAUAGGUUUGCUUUGCACAUCAAGCACCCCUGAUCCCUUAAGCUCAUUUUUUCACACCUUGCAUACUUCUUCAUCUGACUCUAUAACUAAAAUAGAAAGUUCAGCCACAGGAAAGAUCCCAAAGGGCUACCUUUAUGUUAUAUUUUGAAGCCUCUGGCUACUGCCUAAGCUGUUGAACCUGAGAGGUUUGAGAGACAACAAACUCAAUUAAAUGUUUUCAAUUUAAUUUGUCUCAAAUGAGGAGGAAGAGGAAGAAGAUCUACCACCUCUCAGCCCUCCUCCAACGCUGUCCAUCACAGAAGAAAUCCUGGAGUUUAUCAACCAGAGCAGAGCCAGGGAAGGACUUGCUGCCAUUCACUGUGACACAAAGGUUCGAACACAUCAUGAAACAAAAAUCGAUCUUACUUGAAACAGCUGUAAAGAUUUCUGAUUUAAGGUUAUGAACAAACAGAAAGUUCACUUUUACACCAUACUUCACUAUGGCAGUUAGUUUGUUUGAUACUGUAUCUUUGUCCAAGUGUUUGAGUGAUGGAAAGAUCAGCCAACAGUUUAAGGCUAGCAGAUUGAAUUCCUCAAAGAUUUUCACUCUUGAAAUGUUGCAAUUUCUUUCCCUUUCAGGACCAGUUCCAAGGUCAACCCAAAGACUGUCAGCUCUCGUCCGAUCAGACAAACUUCACCUGCCCACUGCCCCCAGUGGCCUGCACCUCCAGCCCAGAACACACACCAACAAGCCAGCAGGAGCAGGAAAAAGCUGACAUGGAUGAUGACACUGCCCUCCAAAGUCAGACCAGAGAGGAACAUGGACUUGACAGCCAGAAAACUGUCAGUGAAGUUGAAAAGACUCCAGAUGAAACAAGUCCAAUAGAAAAAGGAAUGGAGUCAGAUGGAGAAAAGGAAGGAGGAGUGUCAGAAAAAGAAAAAGAAGAGGUGAAAUCAAAAGAUGAAGAGAAGAAAGUAGGCAUCAGUGGUGUCCAAACACCAGAUCUCCAUCCUUCCAGCUCAGUAGAGGAAGAUCCAGUCUUUUCACUAAGCGAAAUAUCAAACAAUGAAGCUACGUCUCCCUCCGAAAAUCCCAGUGCCAUUCAUUCCCCUCCCCAGAGGCGCCCUAUCUCAAGAGGGUCUCACCUCAGCAAACGAGAUAAAAAGAUCAUUGAGAAGAUCAGGAGCUACUACGAGGCAGCAGCUGAGGCUGAAGAGGAUCAGGAAGAGGAGGAUGAGCAGGGAGAUGGAGCUUCUUCAAGAAGGAGAAACAGUUUCUCACAAAUUCCAUCAGGCUUAGUGAAAGAGUCGGUGUCAAGGUUUGAUGUGACUGAGCACCAGGGGGGGGCAGAGGUUGGACCCUCGUUUGCUUUGGAAACAACUGAAGUUAAGAGAAGAGAAGCUGAAGGUGAAACAGAGCCAUGUUCCUUACCUGGUCCAGUGUCUUCUCCUUCUGCACCUGCAGCAAGCAACAAUGGUCUGGCAGAUAAGUCAGUUGGCCUCCUGGAUUUUGAUCUAGAGGAUCCAAUCAAGUCUUCAACGUUACCUGUCAUGCCAGACAAGGACACCCAAGAGCAAGUAUCUUCAAAUCAGAAGUCAAACCUUACAAGGCAAGAUGGAGAAGAAACUAAGAUGCAAGACCAAAAAGAAGAUUCCUGCACAGGACAAUCCGAGGAAGGACUUAAGGAGGAGCAGGAAAGGAAGAAGACAUGUGCUGAAGAUAUUGGGGAGAAACUUGAAAAUUCACAGCAAAGAGAGGGACCGACGAUUAACAAACAGUACGAGUCCAUAGGUGGAACAAACUCUGGAAACCAAGCUGUAACGAGCAGGCUUGAACCAAACAAAGCAAGCCCAACAGAGCCAAAUGGAAGUCUCAAAGAACCCUCAAUACUUCUAACCAAAACCCAGUCUACUUGGGCUAGAGCCAAACAACAAGACCUUACCAAGAGCAGUGGGAAUCUCGAGGAGCUCCCCAGCAAGAUCAAAGUGGGUCGGUGGUCACGCCACUCUAGGAUUGUCACAGCAAACCGGGCUUUGUUUGAAGGCAUGGCAUCAGACAUAGCAGGUAUACGGUUAUUCGAGGCUGGCCCUGCAGAGGAUCCCGUUUUGGUGGAAAAUUCAGAGCGAAUUCUGAGCAAGGUCCAAACUUUAGCCCAGAUGUACAGUGCCAAAGCCAGCACCAUGAAGGUCCCACUGCAUCAGAAACGGGCCAACACAGUCCGAAACCAGCCACUGGUCUCAGGUAGACUGUCUGGACUCUCAACUCAGACCCAAACUAAAGGUAACACUCAGGUUCAAUCUCAGACCCAAAUGCAGAACCAAACAGAGUACCAGCAGCAAACAAAAUACCAGACAGAAAUAAGAGAAUCUGUCACCAACAAAAACAGGAAACACAGGACCGAAACUCACCCAGAAGCCAAAGUUCAAAGCCAAACUAUCACACAAAGUUGUCACCCCAAAACCCAGUUGUGGGGUCAGACACAGAUGCAGCACCAAAGCCAGAGCCAGAACAGAACUUAUAUUAAGAACCAGACUCAAACCAUGAGCCGAGGGGACCAAGUGAUCCAAGAGAAGAGGCCAAUAAGGAGAGCGCAGAGCUUGACAACAGGUAGGAUGGUCUUUCAAAAGCUUCUUUGCAUAUUGGUCUCUUCAAGGGUUGGGCCUUCAGAUUAUUGUCUUGUACUAUCGUUGACAGCCCAGUAGUCAUGCCUCCGUACUGCUGUGAAGUUUUUCCUCAGUGGUCAGUUAUUAUCACGACUGAGUUAACUGUUCUGUUUGUCUCAUCCAGAUAUCCGGGAGCGAACGCUGGCCCCUUGUGAAUCUCUGCUUUUCGGGCAUGUGUUUGUCAAGGAGCAGCUCACUCAAACCUGUCAACAACAAACAAAUGGAGUCAUCCUCUCCAGGCCGAGGGACUUCAUCUCUGCCUUGACCAGAGAAAGAGAUGACAUUUCUCAGCCUUUACCAGGGGCAAACUUACAGUCUCCAACAGAGGACCAGAUAUUCUUUCAGGCCCAGAAUAAUGGCUACAACUCUGAGUAUGUCUCAGCUGAAAAGUCCUCCAUACCAUUAAGAUAUCACUCUAAAACACAACCUGAAGAUCAGAACUUGAGUUUAUGCUCUGCCAGUAUCAGCCCUUUGACCUCUGCCAUGAAUCUAGACUCUAAAGCCAACAAGUUUGCAGACAACUGCUCCACAUCUUCUUCAGGGAGAGGUGGAAUCCUGACACAAAAUGGAGAGGUUCAUUCUGAGACUGAAGAGACAGAUGUGAGACACAGGUGAGUCACAGAAAUGGGUGACACAUGACAAAAAUGUGACAAGCUGUUAUGGGGGAAACGAAAGGCCUGACAGAGUUGGAAUUAAACCUGCAACCGCAAUGGGGUCCAUAGUUUCCAACAUAGGGCAUACCUUAACCUGCUUGGCCAUCAGCGCACCCUCUCUGAAAUCUUUAAGUUACAUUUUUGGUAUGCUAUGACUUCAAUAGUAGUAUAAAUUUACAUACUUGGCUUGAACUGCUUAUCUUUUUAAGAGUAUACUCUUAUUUACCUUAUUUACUCUUAAAAAGAUAAGUAGUACAAGUCAAGUGUACUUAAACCUAAGGCACAAAUACAAACUUGAGUAUAUCUUGAUUAAAGUUUAUGUGUAAGUAUAGGUUAAAUAUAUUUAGACUUUUAGUAUAAUUCUUCAUACAAGCCAAGUAUACUUAACAUUAACUUUGUUAAGUAUAUCUCCGAACAGUGCAUAAAAACUCAACCAAAAGCAUACUUAGUUAAAACACUGUAUACUUGAAGUACACUUCAACAUACUUCUUUUUAGUAAGGGUAGUAAUGUGGAUGUAGUUACUCCUGACUGUAUGUGAGCCAUGUUAUUGAGAUUGGAAGUGGCAGGUUUCACAUUUUACUCCAUCACGUGUAAUGGCACAGCUUGUAUGUGUGGGGCUGAACCACAGAUAACCCCAGGUUAUCUAUCUAAACCCUGAUGAUUAUAAAACAGUCAUGAACAGACUCUGUACAAAGACAGAAAUCAUUUUUAGGUUAUUCGGAGAUAGCACUUUUGUCUUAAACACUGAGUUUAAGCAUGUAGAGGAUCCUGUACAGUGACACACAGUCUCAGCAGAUGGUAGAAAAAAUCUCAGUCCAGCUUCACUGGGCUGUUAGUGCCAGUGUUAAUAAGCAUAGAGAGUCGGGUAUUUAGCUCCAAAGAAUGCAUGAAUGCUCAUUUGAAAGUAUGCAAACAAGACUGAUGGACGCUAUUUGUUCUCCCAUACAAAGGCAUUUAAGCUCCUGUUUGUGAGAUUAAUUGUGUCUCAUUGGCUUGUUUACCCUGGUGUAUGUGCCUGAAAAAUACCACAAUCCUUUUCUCUGAUUUUCCCUGUUUUUUGUGUAGGUUGGAGUCGAAUGUGGGAUGGCAGGAUAGCUCAAUCAGAGAAGAUUCAACAUGUGUAAACAUUGAUACCCAGCCAGCACAUACUGAGCCAAGUCCUCCUGCUCACAACAUACCACAAUGGGACAUUUCCGCAGAUGGAAAAGAGCUGGACACAUACCAGCAGGAUAUUCCAGCUGGUGUUUCUGCAGAACAUCAGGACAGUCGAGACACAUUAACCAAAGGUGUGCAGAGCAGUCAUGCGAGGCCUGGAUACUUGAUUUGCCAAAGGCCUGUGGAUGGAGAUGAAAUCCCCGGGCAGCUGGUGCUAACAGUAGCUUUUCAACAAAACCAGCUUCAGACUGAACACAAUACAUCCACAGUGCCUUGCUUGGAUCUGGUCUGUGGGCAGACUCAAAUGGCCACACUUAAACUUCUGGGGCCCUCAGAGGGGCAAAAGAAAGACGUGCUCCCAUGUGGGCAAACCAAAGUUAAUGAAACAAAGAGUGAAUUAAAUGACUCAUCAUCACAAACCAGAGUGAUCCUACAAGGUUCAGCAGUGACCUUUACAGAGCAACCACAUUACUGUAUAUCCACAGAGGAACCACUUGUUCCAUCAACUCCGAGCUGGCCUUUAAACACGACCUCUGAUCCUUCACAAGUUUUUAGCCAUACAGUCACAGAGACUGCAGAGGACCAGGCAGUAAAAAUAGAGGAGGCAGAUUCAGGUUUUACCCAACCAUCACCUCCGUCUCCACAGUCAACAGAUUUUCUGCCAAUGUUGACCAGCCAAAUGCCGCCAGCUAUAUCAGCCACGCAGGGAAAACUGGCCCAGACCAAUGCCAGAGAUGAUGGGAACCCAUCUCCAUAUGAGCACAGGUAUGUUUUUGACAGAUUCAUAUGACAAAUGAACCCCCAAAAUGCAGACCUUCCAAUCAAAGUUUGGCACAUUGAUCUGCCUUUUUGCUCUUUUCUUCUGAAAAAAGAGAAAUGUUAGACAUGGGAACUUCUGACCCCUUGAUCAGCCUGAAAUUUUGUUUGCUUUGUGAUAAAACAACACAAAAGACUUGUCAGGCCAAGUUUCCUUUAAAGCAUGUUGCAAGCGCUGGUCCUCAAUGUGUUCAAGCUGAAGAGUAAUCACUGGCUAGGAAUCCCAUCUUGGCUAGUCUGAUGUAUGAAAACCACAUCAGUGGGAGGUUUUACAAUUUUGUUUUUCUGUGAGCCCAAAGCAAAUUCCUUGUGCCAAAUUGAAGGGAAAUUAGCAAACUGCAACAGUGAAGUGAAGCAGGCAGUUUCUAUAAUCAGUUUCCUUUUUGUUUUAUAGCCCCUUUUAAGUGUUAAUCCACAUGAAACCUUCUAAAUGCAACAUAGUCCAUACUGCAGAACAAUAGGAGGAGAAAUGAAACUGUUGUCUGAGCUACAUUGGGUCAUUACAAAAAAGCUGUAUUUUUGGACAAUGUUGCAUUGAUUUUUAAUGUCAUUUUGCCCUUUAAAACACAUACUAAUAUAACACAAACAAUGUAAAGAAUGAUAAACCAAAAUAUUCAAGUCCUAUAUUGCCCCUGCGCUGCAGUAUGCACAGGCUUAGACAGAGUUACGGUUCUAUUUUUGUUCCUCGCCGGCGACGUGGCAUAGGCAGGGUGUUAGUCAGGUCCGCCGCGUCGACAAGGCGUGCCCAAGCACAUUGUGGUAUUUUGGUGAGCGGCGCAGCCCAGUGUAAGUAUCCCCCUCCCUAACUCAGCUUCUCCUAGCGGCGUAAAUCGUAGAGAGGGCGUGGAGUGGAUUUAACACAGCCGAGACCUGUUUUCGCCAAUCGGAACCGCUCCUCUCCUCACCUUUAAAUCUGCCACCGGCGAGGCGUAUUACAAGUUUCGUGAAGUAGUCAAAGAGAUCAAGAGAUGUCUGAAGACAGUUAUGCCAUACAAUGGCGACAGAAGGCAGCCCCUCAACAAGUGUCACGGUAAGCGCUGCAGAGGGCGUCCUCCACACUGUCUCAUAUAAGCACAGAUGGAUUUGGUGUGUGUAAUGUUGGACCCACUGGUUAGACAAACACUCUUUUCCACAAAUAAAGACACUCACAUAAAGUUGCAUAUAUAUUCAAACCUCACGUGACAAAGGUGGGUUGUGCGCACAGAUUACAACAUAAAUUCCAAUAAUGGCAUUAAAAUCGGAACCAUCUGUGCAUAAAUGCUGCAUCGUGAUCCAUGGCCUGGCUCUUUCUUUCAUAGAUUAUGGCAUAUAAAAUAAAUUUGGCUCAUUAAACUGAAUAUUAUUAUAUUUGUAUGUAGGCUUAAAUAACUCAUCUGAUCACUGAAACAAAUCAUCUGUUCAGCCGCCGCAGCUGCAGCAGGACAGGGAGAGGACACAGAGACAUGUCAAGGUCGAGCUGUGCAAGAAAUAAAAGAAAGAGGAAGAUAGAAAUAAGGGGGAGACGAAUUAAAUAUCUCGUUCACUUCAUGAUGUGUGUCUUUUUACUAAAUAUUUAAUUUAAUUUAAUGCGGUUUCAGCUGUGUUGAUUCGGUCAGGUUGUGUGUCCAAACGUGUGCCAAACGCGCUCAUCAGAUAAGAUAUAGAUCAGCAUAUAGAUAUAGAUCUAUAUAGAUCUAAAUGUAUGUGCUGACUCAGAAUAUUAGUUGUUGUUGUUUAUUGCACUGAAAUGUGCCUGAAACUGUGGAAACCUGCCUGUUAGGUUUUCUGUGAGGCAAACCUGAGGCACUGGUGACGUAUGAGCACGACACCGGCGGUCUACCAAAAUACCACUAAACCAGCUGCGCUCCGCCUGCACUGAAAGCUGACCAGGUCUGAAUCGGCAAGGUUUCAGUGCACUUUAUGAAAAUGUCACUGUGCCAGCUGAUUCUGUCAACAUCUCCCCCUACUGUGCCACCACGCCCAGCUUGGCGGACCUAGGUGCGCCUCAGUCAAAAAAAAUACCAAACUGGCUGUACGCUGGCCUCCGCCAGACGAAAAUACCACCGUGCAGGGUUCGCCACCCUCCGCCGCGUCGCCGGUGGGCACGAAAAUAGAGAUCACAAUCUCGCAAUAUGGGAAUUAUACCUCAAUAUUAUCAAAGACAAAAAUUUAAUGAAUUAUUAGAUUCUGUUUCAAUGUCAAUUAUGUCAAUGAAAAAAACUACAAUAAAGGUUUUGCAUUAGUGGUAGAAUCUAAAUAAAGUUGGGAACUGUUCACAGAUUUAAGCACUCGUCAUGACCUUGAUACCAAUUUCUGAUUGAUCAAUUUUGUCAGUGUGGAGACACAAUAUUUUGGCUAGAAGUAAGGACUUGUGAUCCAGGGUUUGUUGUUGAGGAAACAGCGAACAGUUUUUGUGGGUAUAACUGUGUCUCUACAGAAGUUGACAUAUUCAGGAAAGCAGUCAACCUGUUUACCAAUGUUCAUACUAUCCACAUCUGUUUCCAGCAGCACAUUCCAGUCUGUUGAUUUAAAACUGUCCCUUAGAGCUUCACUGGCUUGUGGUGUCCAUCUUCUUAUUUUGACUUUGGUCACAGGCUGUCUCAGCACACAAGGUCUGUAACAGGUUUGCAGAUAGACCAAGUUAUGAUUUGACUUGCCCAGUGGUGGUAAGGCAGUGGCUCUGUAGGCUUCUUUGACGUUGGCAUACAGCAGAUCCAGGGUUUUGUUUUCUCUGGUAGGACAGUUCACAAACUGUGGGAAUCCAUUCAGGUGAGAGGAGAGGGUGACAUGGUUGAAGUCUCCCGAUAUUAUUAUUAGUGCCUCAGGGUGUUGAGUCUGUAGCCUGGCAACACUAUUUUGCAAAACAUCGCAACAUUCUUCAGUUGAUUUGGGUGGAAUGUAAACUACUGUUAUGAUAUGACUAAAUUCUCUUGGAACAUAAUAUGGCCGAAGAGAAACUGCCAACAGUUCAAUAUCUGGACAACACAACUUCUCCUUGACAGUUAUGUGUGAAGGGUUACACCAUCUCUGGUUGACAAAUAAAGCCAGACCUCCUACUUUCUUCUUGCCACUAGCUUGAGCAUUUCUGUCUGACCUUAUGAGAGUGAAACCAGGUAGAUCCACACUGGAGUCUGAGUUGUUGUGAUUCAACCAGGUUUCAGUAAAACACAGGAAACUGCACUCACGGUAUGCUUUCUCAGUCUUCACCAAGAUCUCCAGCUCAUCACUUUUGUUGUGCAGAGAGUUGACAUUUCCCAUGAUGAUUGAUGGAAGAAAGUGUUUAUAUCGCCACCUCUUAGCAUUCAGCUUUGCCUUCACCUUAGCACCAGCACGGCAACCACGAUAACACCCCCUGAUGUCCUCUGGAAUUGUAUGUUGUUGUCCAGAUUUGCUUUUCCUCAAUGAAAGGAGCUCUUCUCUUGAGUAAACUCUUCGCCCAGCAGAAGUAUCCAUCAGCAGCCAACAAAAUUACAACAAAAAUAUGAAAUAAAUCUAGCAUAAAUUACAAAAAAUACAGAUAAUACAGAGAGACCAGACUUGUAGCAACCUCUCGGUUCAAGCGCAUAAUUUUUUAUUACAUCACUUCAUAAACAUUACCAAUAAACACAACUGAUAUUUUAGUUCAGAUCUGUUUAUAAAGAUGCUUAAAAGUUGUUUUUCAUCCUCAUUACCAGCCUCGUGACAGAAAAGUCACCGCCGUCCUAUUCUCGUGAUUUCACAUUUAACAAUACUUUGUCCUCAAAAUCCCAGUGUUUUACAAAAUCCAAAUAAGUCCUCAACAGCCAAAGAAACUUCUCUUUGAUGCUCUUGGAAAACCUCACUUUCCUCUUGCAUCUCUUUCUUCUGUAGUAGAUACUGCACAAUGAUCUAAAGCUAGGAUUAGGGUUGGAAAAAAGGUUUUGAAAAAAAAUCAUUAGAGGGGUCUGAAAAGUUGUUAAAUCUAGCGACAAAGGUUAGGUUGCUAGGUUGGCAACACAGCUAACAAGUUUUUUUUCUUCUGAUGUAACUUCAUUCCAUAAUGUUGCUUAUGGUUGGUAGCAAUCAUCAUAACAAAGAGUAACUACAGCCUUCUAUAAUCAAGUUAGUUACACAAAAGUCUGCCAUUGUCAGUACCAGUGAAUUGUAAAAGCCCUAAUCUAUAGCUCUGAUGAUGGCAGUGAAGAUCUAACUCUACAAGUAGCUGUACUCUUUUUAAUAUUUGCUUUUCUGUCAGUCACAGGGAACCACAGAGCUCAAGAAACCCCAGUUGCCAGCUCAUUUCAAGUAUCUCCUCAGGCAGUCAUCCAGCCUUCGGACCCUCUUUGGAAACAUCCAGACAAGAAGAGAGACAAUAUUCGGCCAUGUCCGAUCAUGACCAGGACAUAACCCCCACCACAGCCACCAUAUUCAGCCUCAGGCAACACUCCACUUCCCCUGUUCAAGCUUUGCUAUCCUCCCCCUCCUCUGUGGGUACAACACCCUGCACCUCCCCAUUCAGGGUUGUUACAGCAUCCUCACCCAUCCCUCUAUCUAAUGAUGAAAACUCCUUGAACAAGUUCUCCAGGACUCAGUCCUGUUUCUCACCAACACUCUCCUCUGGAAUAGGCUCCUUGAUUCAAGAUCUUCCUUCCUCUUCUCCAGCACCAUCUUCCGAUUUUACUCACUUAUCCUCUACUUCUUAUUCCUGCAGGUCCUCAUCCAUAAGAGCAGGUCCUCCAUCCUCCCCUUCCUCUCUCCUCUCCCCGACAUGCUCCUCCCCGAUCAACUCUUCUUCUGUAUUCACCAGAUCCUUAGCUGCCUCCUGUAUUAGCCAGUCCAUUAGUCAGAGUUUGGCAAGAAAGAACACCACCCUGCAACAAGCCCAAACAAACAGGGUGGACCAGAGCCCCUCUCCUCAUCUGCGACAGCGCUCACCUUCACCUAAACUCCAUUCUAGCCAUCAAGGCUCUAAAGAUGGGCACCACCAUCUGAAGAGCCCGCCAUCUUCUCCCUGGUCCACUUGCCUCUCUUCAUCUCCCCUGCAAUCAUCUUCCCCUUCUCAUCCCCAACCAUUUCCUUCUCCAUCUAUGAGUACAGCCCAUCAUCAGCCUCCCCACUCUGCUUCCCCUUCCCCUCGUCCCUCAUUCCUUCACAGCAAAACGGACUCAACAAGGAAUGCAAACAACAAUAACAACCUAAGCUUAGCUGGUAUUACCACAGCAAUAAGCAAUGCAAGUAACUUGAGCAACUGUAGAAUGAACCGGGCGAUCAGCAAUGGAGUUUGUUCUGCCAACUCCCAGAGAGUGCCACAAGCCAACAGUAGCACCAGUGCCACAGGGAUCCAACAAACCUAUGACCCUCUCUGGUCAGGGUCCCACAAUCGUGUUGCCAGGCCUUUUUCUGCAUCAGAACCCAGCUCUAGAGUUCAGUCUCCAUCUCCCUCUCCAACCACUUCCUAUACCUGCCUGUGCUCCCCACCUCCACAACAUAACUACUCCUCCCCUAUGGCACACAAACCCCCCAAUCCCCGGACCACACGGAUAGGAGAUUCAAGUUCCCACAAUCCACAAGGUCUCACUUUGGAGCUGUCAAAUGAGACCUCUUCAGGUCCAACAUUUGGGCAGUCUUCCUUGUGCCUCAGCCCUCGGAUCCUGUCCCCUCCCCCUAUUGGUGUGUCAGUGAAUGUUUGGACAAAUAAUGUCGCAGCACCCCAACCAAGAAACCCUAGAUAUGUCCCCUCCUCUCCAUCACCUUCCAAUACUUCCUCACUGGGUUCUCCAACACAGGAAAAGGCCUUUUGUCCCAGUUCCUCAUUACUGUGUAGUCCAAGAGCUUCUUCCCCUUUUGCAUCCAGCCCCCAGACAACCUCUCAAACCCAUCGUAGGUCCUCCUCCUCCACCCUGGCAGAUAGGCCCCCAAGUCCAGCCAGGAGCAGUUCAAGUGGGAUGCGUCGCUCUUGGGCAGACACUAGUCGAAGGUCCCUUGGUUUUGGUGGUAGUGCACAAGGGUCUUUUGACCAGCAGGAGUCCUAUCCAACAAGUCCAAGAAGUGGAUGGUCCUCUUAUGGCAACUCACCAUCCUGCCUCAGCCCUCAAGCUGGGCUGCAGUCCCCACUUUCACCAAGCAGGCUUAACCCAGGAAGAGGCUCCCUUGGUGGUCAACAUUUCACCAGCGUGCCUUGGCCAGAUGUACGAGAACUUUCGUACAAAUAUAAUGGAUCUGAAAACCCUGACACAAGUGCUACUACUACCAUCAGCACUCCCUCUCCUAUGUCCUCGAUUUCUCACACCCUCCUCUCCUCUCCUGUUCAAUCAGAGAGCCAGACAGCAUGGGGGGACCCAGACCCAGAGGAGGGUCAUUGUCGUAGCCAGUUGAUCUGCGCCUACGUUGCCCGGCCUUCCCAUGAGCAAAACCUCUCCUCUUUAGGCAUGACCUCCCCUCCACCUGUCUCCUAUCCCUACCACAUUCGCCAUUCCCCAGUUAAGAUACAACCUCAGGUCCAAAUCAACAUCACAACAACCCCUGUACCUUCAAUGUCUUCUCCACUCGCCUCAACAAGCUCAUCACCAAUCCCCUUUGCACAUCCAUACCCUUCAAAACAGGGGAAUCAGAAGACCAGCUAUGCCACUACAGUCAAUCUCCAGAUUGCUGGAAGUGGCAGAAUAACUUCUUUUAGCACUGCUCAAGUUAGCCUGACCCAAACCCUGCAGGGUGGUACUGGAGCUGGGGGACAGGGUCAGGUGACCAGGAGAGUCAGUAUCAAUGGACUGUCACACAUCCCCUCCCCUAUUCAUCAAAACUGUGACAGACUAUGAAAGAGAAAGAACUACCUUUAAUGGCAUUAAAAGACAAGUAGGCAAGAGAAAGGCACAAAUGUGGAUGAACUUGUGCAUUCGUCUAGCACAGCUGAGAAGUAACUUGGGCUCCUGAAGUGUCGGUGCUUGUUGCUCAGCGGGGUGAACUUGAAGGUUACCAUGUACCAAAGUGACUUCAUGAGUGUUGAGAAAUAACUUUUUCAACAGAAAAGCACAGGGUCCAUCCAAUUGUGCACACCUGAGGGACAUAAUGAAUGUGGUCAGCUGUAUUUGACACUGGUUUUAGGAUGUUACCAAGCCCCCCCCCCCCCCCAGGAUGAGGAGGAGUUUGGAGUUUCUACCUGCACAAAGCCGUAACGAAAUUAAAAUAAAACUAUGUAUCAGACAUGAAAUAAAUCACUUAGCUGUUGUACUCACACCUGAGCUUCCCGAACCCUAAAUACUCAGAGUUCAUCUUCAUCCGGAGGAAAGAGUUCACCUCAAACAUGUUAUAAAAUACUUCAAUAUCGUUCAUGUUUGGCAUUUUAGGAGCUGGAUUAAAUCUAUAUUUGUUUAUCUCGAAAAAAACAGACCAUCCAGUUCCAAAUGCCAUCACAGUUACUAAAUGUAUUUUUAUAUUGUCCUUGUUUUUGUCUGCCUUUCCUAUAAUCUGUUGAAACAUACAUUGAUUUUUGGCUGUUUGAGGCCAGUGUUUAUGUUUUGUGGUAACUGUGGUUAAUAAUGUCCUUUAAAAAAAAAUCUUUUUAUUAUUUUUUAUUUUAUUGUUUAUUUAUGAUGUUAGUUAUAUUCUCUUUGGCACUUAUUAUCCUUAAUGUCAUGUUGGUAUUUUGCACAGUGUCCCCAGCUCUUGAGUGCAUGCAUCAAGUGUUUGUUUCAUGUGUGUGUAUGUUAGAUUUUGUGUGUGUUUGUCUAAAAUGACGUGUCUGCCAAGUUUCUAUUUCACUGCAGACCAAACUAAUUUCUGUGUGGUUUCAGUGCUGAAUUUGUCCCUGUAUUUGUUUUCUGACUUACACAUUUCUUGUUGUCAGUCUCCUUCACAAACGUUGGAUGUUGAACUUCACUCCGCUGUAAAAGAAAGUGAGGUGGAAAUAAAUGCAUGGCCUUUCAAAGGGAUUGACAGUUUUACUUGUAGACUGCAUAAAAUAAGUGGACAAAGCUUCAGAUCUGAAAAGUGAUGUCAGGUCUUAAAUGUCCUAAAUGCAUGGUGUCUGUGACUCAGUGAAUAAAUGGAUGGUGUCCAAUGCAAGGAAGUGCAUUUCAUCACACACAGACAAAAAUCAUAGAGGUAGAUAACAAACCACAAUUACAGAGAGGGAAAGUUCUGCAGGACCACCAUUUUUGCAAUGACAGUGUGUAACCCUUAUGGUGGGCUUCCAUAGAGCUGGCCAAUCAAAAGAAAGUAGGCUUGCAAAGGAGGGGGCCCUUAAAGACACAAUACCUGAAAAACAGAGGCUGAAAGGAGGUUAUCAUGGGCAUGGGUCAAGCAGAGCCACUGAAGAGGUUUCACGGAGUGCAGAUAUAAAAUGUGUGUGUAUAAAGAGGUCACUUUGAAGCUGCAUUCUUUGUGAUGGCUGGUAAGGGGUUUUUCCAAAGGUUGCAAAAACAGUCACUUUUGUGAUAGGCUGUGUGACAGUGGUAGUACUUCAUGGUUUAAACAUGAUGUCACCUUAUUAAUAACUGUAAACUCUACAUUUCUUUCAAAGUCUCCUUCAAAGCUUGAUGUUAAAGUUAAUAAUUUCCCCAUUUUAAUAAUUUUUUAUCUGUUGUUUUAAAAGGGUUGAGGUAUUACAAAUCUUUACACCUGUGCCAUGCUUAAGAUGUGUUGUUUUUGCCAUUUGAUUAGGCCAACAAAACUCGCAGGAUUUAACUGUUCUUUUAGCCUCUUAGGGCUCUAUUUCCUUGCCUCGCCGGCGACGUGGCGCUGUAAGUCAGGUCCUCCGCGCCUACAAGGCAUUCCCAAGCACAAUUUGGUAUUUUGGUGAGUGGCACAGCCCGGCGUAAGUAUCCCCCCUCCCUGACUCAGCUCCUCCGUGUCUCAUAUAAGCACUGGUAAGACAAACACCCUUUUCCACAAAUAAAGACACUCACAUAAAGUUGCAGAUAUUUAAACCUCACGUGACAAAGGUGGGUUGUGCGCACAGAUCAUAACAUAAAUUCUAAUAAAGGCAUCAAAAUUGGAACCAUCUGUGCGUAAAUGACGCAUCGCGCUCCGUGGCCUGGCUCUUUCUUUCAUAGAUGUUGGCAUAUAAAAUAAUUUCUGCUCACAAAACUGAAUAUUAUAAUAUUCGUAUGUAGGCUUAAAGUAAAUUACUCAUCUGAUCACUGAAACAAAUCAUCUGUUCAAGCCACCGCAGCAGCAGCUGCAGCAGGACGGAGAGAGGACACGGAGACGUGUCCAGGUCGAGCUGCGCGAGAAAUAAGAGGAAGAGGAAGAAAGAAAAGGAGGGAGAGGAAUAUCAUAUCUUGUUCACUUCAUCAUGUGUGUCUAUUUACUAGAUAUUUAAUUUAAUUGAAUGCGGUUUCAGUUGUGUUGAUUCGGUCAGGUCGAGUGUCCCAACGCGUGCCAAAUGUGUUCAUCAGAUCAGAUAUAGAUCAGAAUAUAUCAAUAUUGAUCUAAAUGUAUGUGCACUCAGAUUAUUAGUUGUUGAUGAUUAUUUAUUGCACUGAAAUGUGCCUGACACUGUGGAAACCUGCCGGUGCGGCAUCGGUGACGUAUGUCGAUAUGCCGCCGGUCUACUAAAAUACCACUAGACAAGCUGCGCUUCUCAUCGCCUGCGCUGAAAGCUGACAUGGUUUGAAUCGGCGAGCUUUCAGAGCACUUUACAUGCCGGCGGCGAGCACGAAAAUAGGGCCCUUUGUCUUAAGCAUGCUCUUGAAUUUUCUCAAUUUGCAUCCAUUUAAAUCAAGGUCAACUUCUGGAGUUCCUCCAAUCAAACUACAAUAACUUCUGAGCAUUAGCCUCCAGUCUUGAGGAAUAGAGCUUGUAUUGUGUGGGAAUGCUACAGACUCUGCAGUCUCUUCGGUGUCCACCUGAGGCCCUCGUCAGGCUUUAAAACAUCUAUUUAGAAACUGAUGGGUGAUGUCACUGCGAUGAGGUCCACAUUUUAUACAGUUUAUGGUUAAAACAUCAAACUUAAGUCUUAAAAAAUGAAGCCCACUCUGCCUGCCCCCCCAAAAAAGUCGCCACCAAAAAAAAUUUAAUACUCUAAUAUAUGGUUGGUCCACCUUUAGCUUUUAUACAGCAUGCGUUCUCUGUGGCAUUGUUUCAGUAAGCGUCUGCAAUGUCACAAGAUUUAUUUUCAUCCAGUUUUGCAUGAAGCUUUCACCAAGAUCUUGCAUUGAUGAUGAGAGAAUCCGACCACUGCACAAAGCCUUCUCCAGCACAUCCCAAAGAUUCUUCUUCAAUGGGUUAAGGUCUGGAGUCUGUGGUGGCCACUGGCCAAUCCAUGUGAAAAUUAUGUCUCGCGCUCCCUGAACCACUCUUUCACAAUUUAAGCCUGAUGAAUCCUGGCAUUGCCAUCUUGGAAAAUGUCUGUGCCAUCAGGGAAGAAAAAAAUCCAUUGAUAGAAUAAUCUGGUCAUUCAGUAUAUUCAGAAAGUCAGCUGACCUCAUUUUUUGGACACAUAAUGUUGCUUAGCAUAGACCUGACCAUCUGCAGCAACCCCAGAUCAUAGCACUGCCUCCAUAGUCUUGUACAGUAAGCACCAGGCAUGGUAGGUGUAUCACCUCACCUGCCUGUUUUUAUCACCCUGAUGGACACAUCUUUCUGGAACAGGGUAAAUCUGGACUCAUCAGACCACGUGACUUUCUUCCAUUCCUCCAGAGUCCAAACAUUAUGCUCCCUAGCAAACUCAAGCCUUUUUUUUAGUUACCUUAUUAAUUAGUGGUUUUCUUGAGGCUACACAGCUGUUCAGUCCCAAUCCAUUGAGUUCUCUUGGCAUUGUGCAUGUGGAAAUGUACAGCCAUUCAGGAUUGUUUCCUGAUCACAUUUUUUCCUGGAAGACAACGGUUCCCCACUAUCCUUCCAGUUUCUAAUAAUGCCUAGGACAGUUCUUAAAGGUGGGGUAGGCAGGAUCUGAGGAAGUGCUAGUUUUUAGGAGAAAUCUUGAAUGUAAACACUACCCCUCCCAACCAGUUUUCCCCUCAGCCCCUCCUCUCCCCUUCUUCUCUGCUCCAGCAAGCCCCGCCCACAAACAGACGCUCUGCUCGCUUGAAUCAUUUCAAUUAAAUUCAGAUAUAAUGCAGAUAAAUACUUCAGAUGAUUACAAAUGGGGCCCAGUCAACGUGACAGUAAAAAGCAUUGGUGCAACUGUAGAUGCCAACAGACUACCAGCAAACACAAUCAUUGCAGGACUUCUACAACUAGGAGAAAGUGACAUAGUCCAGGACCCCGGGUAAACAGUUUAGCGGCGCUACAACACGCAGCAGGUCCCAUCUGACAAGAAACACUUCUGUUACAGACACUUAGCUUACUUUGUUACUUUGGUUUACCUGUUCAGCAGAAAGGUUACAGAGUCCAUAAGAUCCCGAAGCCUCCCCCAUCGUUUAAUCAUUGAUGUUGACCCGGCUUCUUAGCUCUUGUCCGGUCAUAGCACUGCCUCCAUAGUCUUGUACAGUAAGCACCAGGCAUGGUAGGUGUAUCACCUCACCUGCCUGUUUUUAUCACCCUGAUGGACACAUCUUUCUGGAACAGGGUAAAUCUGGACUCAUCAGACCACGUGACUUUCUUCCAUUCCUCCAGAGUCCAAACAUUAUGCUCCCUAGCAAACUCAAGCCUUUUUUUUAGUUACCUUAUUAAUUAGUGGUUUUCUUAAGGCUACACAGCUGUUCAGUCCCAAUCCAUUGAGUUCUCUUGGCAUUGUGCAUGUGGAAAUGUACAGCCAUUCAGGAUUGUUUCCUGAUCACAUUUUUUCCUGGAAGACAACGGUUCCCCACUAUCCUUCCAGUUUCUAAUAAUGCCUAGGACAGUUCUUAAAGGUGGGGUAGGCAGGAUCUGAGGAAGUGCUAGUUUUUAGGAGAAAUCUUGAAUGUAAACACUACCCCUCCCAACCAGUUUUCCCCUCAGCCCCUCCUCUCCCCUUCUUCUCUGCUCCAGCAAGCCCCGCCCACAAACAGACGCUCUGCUCGCUUGAAUCAUUUCAAUUAAAUUCAGAUAUAAUGCAGAUAAAUACUUCAGAUGAUUACAAAUGGGGCCCAGUCAACGUGACAGUAAAAAGCAUUGGUGCAACUGUAGAUGCCAACAGACUACCAGCAAACACAAUCAUUGCAGGACUUCUACAACUAGGAGAAAGUGACAUAGUCCAGGACCCCGGGUAAACAGUUUAGCGGCGCUACAACACGCAGCAGGUCCCAUCUGACAAGAAACACUUCUGUUACAGACACUUAGCUUACUUUGUUACUUUGGUUUACCUGUUCAGCAGAAAGGUUACAGAGUCCAUAAGAUCCCGAAGCCUCCCCCAUCGUUUAAUCAUUGAUGUUGACCCGGCUUCUUAGCUCUUGUCCGGUCUACCUCGGUUUAAAACGUCUGUCAUUCCACCAGAGUCCCCGGUAUUUACUGCGUUUUUUUGCUUGUGUUGGCAGUUGUGGCUAAAGGAGGAUUCAGACAACUUGCCGUACUUUUUGGUUGGUUUCUACUGUCCGAUAUUGUAGCAGGCUAACUUUGUUUGGGCUUGUGAAUGACACAGGGGAGCAGCGCCCACCUCCAAACCAAUCAGGUCGAGGAGGCGGAGAAUGGCUUUGUUUACAGUCAGAAAGGGUGGGCCACUCAAAAAAUUGUAACUGUUGACUACACAGACAUAACAAAACACAGCGAUAUCGUUAUAUUACCAAAUGUCAUCAAUAACUAAUAAAUAUUGACUGAUAUUAAACGCUUUUUUGUAUAUACACCACAAAAAAAGAUACUUCUUUAAUAGAAUCCUGCCUACCCCACCUUUAACCAAAUUUUAACCGUUCCUGCAAUCUCCUUAGAUGUUUUCUCUGCUUGAUGCAUGAAAAUGAUUUGACCCUUCUUAAACAGACUGACAUCUUUUCCACAACCACAGGCUGUGUCUUUCCACAUGGUUAUUUAAGAAAUGAGAAGUCACUCAUUGUAUCAACUGGGGUUAAAUAACAUGUUGCCAGCUGAAAAAUAAUUCCCCAUGCAGUAAUAGAUCAAUAGGUGGCUCGUACCUUUUCUGCUUAUUUCAGUCCAGCUGGUGACUUUGAUUUUGGCCAGGCAGUGUACUAUGUUCUUACUAUAGUUUGGGCCUCAGAGCAGAUUAUAACAGUGUAAUGAUUGACCUGACACACGUGGAACUCAAGUAAACAGUUUGAGUCAAAGAGGCAUGUGACACCUGAGGGCUGCUGGUGGUGAAGUGGAGACACAAUCGCUUUUUUUUUUGAGCUGGAAAUGUUUAUUUCCUGUAACUUUAAAAGCCAAUUAAGUUUAGAGGUAAAAAUAAAAUAAAAUAAAAGUGUGUUGUGUUGUGUCUUUUUAACCCAUCAUGGCUCCUGUUCUGUUUUAUGAACUGUUUUAUUCAUGUCCAUGCCCUGGCCACCACUUAUCUUUAGACAUACCUCCCAUCUCUGUCAUAUUUUCUUGGUAACAGUCACUUCCUGCUAGAUUUAUUCUCCUCC